AGAGAGAAAGAGACGGGAAAAGAAGAGGGAGGCGGAAUGCAACAGGCUGAGUUUUAUCGACGUUGCGAGAGGGACUUCUGACUGACAAACACAACUACUGCACUCCUUUUCUCAGCCCCUCACUAACAUCCAGAGUGUGUGCCGCUGUCGAAAGUCACCAGAUUUGGUAAGUUUUCCUUUCAAGCCCAUUUCCAAGAUCUUCUUUUCUUCGUAACUUCCCUAGUGUUUUUGUGAGAAAAGAAGACAGACAGAGGACAUGUCAGAGCAUGAGUGUUUCUCUUGUCUCUCUCUUUCCCUCUGUGUGUGUGUGUGUGUAAGAGAGAGAGAGAGAGAAAGAGAGAGAGAGAGAGAGAGAGAGAGAGAGAGAGUGUGUGUGUGUGUGUGUGUGUGUGUGUGUGUGUGUGUGUGUGUGUGUGUGUGUGUGUGUGUGUGUGUGUGUGUGUUUGCGGGACAGCAUGAGCAGGGAUUGAGUUUCCUGAGGACAGCUUUAAUUGAGAACAGAGAUUUGGGAGAGGGAGAAAGAGCAACAAAAACAGCAAAGGAGGGAAAUGAAAGCUGAGCGGCAGUUGCACGGGUUGCAAGGCCGCUCUACGAGGAGACACGAACAAUUGUGGAUGUGUGUUUGUGUGUGUUUCCUCACUGAUUGAUGCACAUCUGGAUUUUCAUGACCUUGUAAAUGUGAUUAAAAGUUGCUGAAAGACUGUGAUGACUCCAGAGGUCAGGGGGAAAGAAGGAAUGAGGGUGUAUCGAGGUACAAUAACAGAUCUUUACUCUUUCAUAUAUACCACUGUUGGUCAGGCCAAGUGCUACAGGUGUGCUGGGUAACCAUCUUGGGCCGUUUCAAAGCAGCAGACAUAGUGACUGCUUUAGCCUGCAGGCUCUCAGCCAACAGACGGGCUGUCCGACUUGAUGGAUCACUCCAUCAACAUCACAAAUGGCUGAGUGGGUCUGGUCUACCUGAGUAUGCACACACUCGUUCACCCCCCUGAGGGUUAUGUAAACAGGUUUCCAUCCGCACAAUUACAUAAGCGGGAUGGAAACACUGAAAUAGGCUACUCCGGAUAUCACAAGAGAGUCUGCAGUGUGUCCGAUCAGUGCUGCUCCGAGUUUUCAUUGUGUUUGUAUGUGUGAAUAAACUUACUCAACCCCUCAAAUUUUAACACAAGACCUUUUUUAUGGACUGUGAAUCAGCUCAGAUAGCAUCCCGAGUGCAACAGUUGCUGUAUAAAUACAGACGCAGUGCUUGAUUGAUGGUCCUGACAAUUAUCUGCUAAGUGCUGAUUACCAGCUGAUCUGGGGUGUCUGCGUCUGUCUGCCAACACCAUGCUGCUGACCAUACCACUCCAAUGUAAGGGCCUGUUAUUCUAGCAAAGGCUCGACAAAUCUACUCCAGAUUAAUUUUCCUUAAUGUCUUCAGGAAUGUUCAUCAGCAUGUCUGCAGGAAUAGGUGGCCAAGUCUUUAAACAGGGUAUAAACAGCUAGGUGUAAACAAUUCACAGCACAACACCAACGUAAAGGACAAACACUUCUUCAUCUUUCUGUAGAGUGUAGACAACUUUGUGAACCCUGUCAUCCUGACUCCAGCUCAGACCGUUUUUAGAUCACUUUUAAAUCUAACAUUCAUUGGGUGGAUACAUUUGGUUUUGGUGGAGUGCUUUUGUCUUUUGUCAUUUGAAGCAGAGGUUUCUUGAGAAAGAGUUUGUAUGUGCAUGGGCUUGGGGUGUGUUGUACACAACCUCUUUAACUGCAUUGCAAUCUCAUCUUUGUUCGCUACACUUUUCAAGAAUGGCAGCCCCUCAGGCUGAGGAGGCCGGCUGGCUCCUCUCCUUCUUUCUCUCUGUCUCACUGACUUCUUUCUUCUUUAUUUCCUGGAUAUGAAAAAAAAAAAAUCGGACUUCUUAGCUGGAACGUGUCAGCUGAGUUUGAUUUUGUGCCGACUUGUUGUCAUGGUCACCACACAAAAAUGGAAACUCGGAACUUCCAAAACAAAGAAACAAGCGUUUGCCACUUGUUUGUGAGUGGCAGAGACAAACUGUUUUGAUGUUCUGCAGCGAACGAUUUUGUCCACAGGGCUUUUUUGGUGAGAGUACUGUGGUUCAGCUCCACAUGAGAUUUGGGUGUCACUUACAACAUUCAUUGUUGCCCCUCCUGCAGCUCUCUGGGUUUGAAUCGUAUCUACGUGUCUUUAAUUAUGGCCAUGAGCUGCUCUACAAGUCUCUUUAAACGCACUUCUUAGCCUCUCUGUGGUGGAACAACAAGACACAGAUUUGGCGUUUACGUGUGCAUGUGUGUAUGUGCGAGUGUAGGACAGGUUGUGGGGUUUUGCUGUCUAAAGAAGCACUCAUUACUUCAAUACUAAAUCAAAAGCUGCCUAACAAACGCUUCAUUAAGCCUGACCAAUAGGCCUUCAGUAAUAGGGGUUGACCCCAGGUCCUGACCUGGAGACCCCCAGCCGCCUACAGGGGUGGCACCACAUAAAGACAACAUUGUGUGUUUUAUGAGACAUUACUAUUAUCAGUAUUGUUACCAUUAGCUCUGCUAACAUAGAAAUGAAAGUUUAUUAGUCAGGUGACUGUUGUAAACAUAGAAGCAGGUGAAAAGUGUCACUGUAGACUUUCAGAUGAAAAUAGGUGAAGAUAAACUGAUGGUUUCAGUCACUUUAGUUGCACUUGAAUUUUACUUUUGUUCAAUCAUUUGUUGGUUUUUCUGGAUUUUUCAAUUUAACUUAAAGGACCACAGCUGCACUAAAGUAAUAUUGAUUUUUAUUUAAUCCAGUGCACUAAGCUUUCAUUGUAGUGCUAAAUUAUUGGGAAGGUUUAUACUAUUUGAAGCUCACCUGAAAUGUAAAAAGUUUGUUUUUUUUUUUCCAAUAAAGUUUACUUUCUUUGACAAAAAAAGAAAAAAAAAUAAUAACCUGAUGGAAUACCUUUUUAAAAACUAAAUGUGGAUGUUUGGCUUUUAAUGGUAGAGAUACUGUAAAUAAUGAAUUAUCUAAACUGUUGCGCUCAUAUCUUUCGUCAAAUGACAGAACAGGGAAUUCAGUUUUUAUUGUACAGUGUACUUAUAGGAUUCAGAAUAGUCAAAGGGAGGUUUCAUAUAAAGUAAGUAAGCAUAACAAAAAAAUUCAAACAAAAUAUGUUUAGCUUUAGUAACUUUUAUUGACCUAAACAAUCCAACCAUUUUUUUCCUGUCUGGAAUUGUAGUACUUUGUUGUUCUCUAUUAGUCAAUCUCCAUUUCCCAGUGUUUUAAUUCACAGUAUAACCAUUUCUUUAUAAACUAGGUCUACGUUGAAAACCAAAGGUUGAAUUCUGAGUCCCUGCUGGACUACGAGGUCUUACUGAGAGAUUUAUUUUUUUAAGGAGGUAGCUUAAUCUCAUGAAUUUACUUUCCUUGGAAACUAAUCAACUCAUUUCAAUUCUAUUUUUUGAAUUUCUGGGUAUUAAGGACCGAACAUUAUCAGAAUACAUCUUGCUUUGGUGCAUUCCUGGUCAUUAAAGAACCAGUUAACCUCUUAGUCAUAAAAGCUACUGUGAGGAAUUUUUAACUGGUCAUGGAACAAAGUGAAAUAAAUGAUAAUAUCGCUUUAUGACCAGCAAAAACCAAAAACAAACAAAACAAAAAACAUUCAUAACAAGACAAUUACUCUAUUGCAAUUUUUCUUGAAGUAACAACUGCCACCUGUUUGUGUGAAAUAAAGUGUUUUUUAAAGUCAAAUGUAACAUUUACAGUGAAUAUUAUGUGGUUUUGUAUAAACCAGACUGUUUCUUCUGCUGCUUGCUUGAAACCUACCCCCUCUGCACUGGUUUCAGACGUUCAAAUUAUAAUUUAAAAAAGUCAUCAGUCAUGUUGCUGGUGGUCUUGUCUGCUUUUUGAUAUUAAAAAAAAGCAUCAACAUGAAUCCAUGUCUAUUUUAUAGACGUAAAAAAAAAACUCCUCACUGGAACUUUAAAGCAUGUUGAAGAAACUGCCAUUUAUACAUUUUCCACAGCAAAGAUUCACAAUAAGUGGUGUAAUUGACUCAAAAAAAAAAAGAAACAGGAUCACUUUCCAUAAGUAAUACAACCACCAUGUUCACUUGACUAGGUUUUGAUCACAAAGAUAUGAAAGUUCCCACUUAGCCCACAUGAGGCACCAAAAUCAACACACACCCAAAAGUUCCUCACAGGUGCUUUAAGUCUAGACUUGAUGUGUAGCUUUAUUCUGACAGCACAGAUGAGGGAAGGGUACUGAUCCUUCAAAGACAAAAUCAUGGCACUCUGUAUUUACAAGACCAAUAUUGAGUGUUGUCACCCUGACCAAACAGAUUACCAGCUUCUCUAUUCUCACACUUCAAACAUAGUCGUCUAUUUUUACAGCCUCUAUAAACUAUUAAGAGGAUCAGACGCUGUAUACUGGCUGAUUUUACUGAAGCGAAGGCCUGGCAAUCAUUCUAAAGCAUUGUUCUGUAAAAUAAAACUUAGAAAAUAGAAAUCAAAUGUUUUUUUUUAAAGCCUAGUAUAUACAUCUGUGUGUAUAUUUUCGACAGCCUAACGACAUAAUAACCAGCAUAAAUUGAAACUAUGUGUUUGCCACAGUCUGAAACAUUUUGUGGUUUGCUGAUGGCUGUCAGACAUUGAGGGUUUUCAGCCCAGCAAUAAUUUUAUUCCUCAAAACACAUUUUUACAUGUCAGUUUGACAUAAAUUAUAGUACAGUACAGUCAUUUGUUGGAAAAUCUAAUUAUGUUGUUUGUGUGUGAUGGUGCAUGUGUUUUUUCUCUCCUGUUAGGGUUUUUUUUUUUUUUUAUGAGUCAAUCUGUGCAUUUUCCUCUUGGUGUGUUCAGAUUCAGAACAGCUCAUCUUUGGCUGCUUUCUCUGAGGAUCGUCCAGAUUUGAUUGUGGGUUUUAUGGUUUACUGCUAAUUGUCCUGGCUGAUGGCAUAUUUUUCUUCACAUUUGGCUGUUUUUCGGGGAGUUUUUAGCCUGCUUUCCACUCAGGCUCUGCUUUUGAGUUCAUGCUCUACACAGAACUUUGUGGUUUAAAACAAAGAAGUGAUUCAACUUUGUCAUCUCCGUUUUCUUCCCUCUAUUACACACUCAUGUCCCUUUAGAUACAUUCAGUAGCUGAAAAAACAUCACAACCUUUUAUUCAUUUACUAUUAACCAAAAAAUUGAUUUUUAAAUUAAAUAGACAACUGUAGAUUAAAAAAAAAAAAAAAAAACACAACAGUUAAUGAACCUGACCAACACACACACAAAAACGCCAUUUUCCUUUAAGUAAUUACUCAGUUUCCUGAAAUAAAUGCAAAAACUGUAAGUUUAGAAGCAUAAAAAAUGUAUGAAUAGUCAAGAAAAUAUAAAGCGCCACAAUAUCCUACACUCACUGACAGUAAUGCACACAAUUAAAAGGAUCCAUUUCUUAUCUUUAAGUUUAGAAGAUCAAAUUCUGUUUAUCAUUAGAAAAAAACAUUUUAAAACUCUUACUGGAGCUGAAACAAAAACAGGAAAAGAUCAUCAUGUAAUCCUUUAACACAUCAGAUAACAGGAGAAAUCCACCUCAUGAUUCAACGAAACAAAAGAAUCAUUGUGUGAUGUGCAGAGGAGCAUUUGUACCCUCUGGUUUCUCUUAAUUGACUCUGAUUUAGUCAAAUGGAAAAUAUCAACUCAUUUUUGAGCUGUUUAUUACGUCUAAUAGCUUAUUGUGUGCCUAAUGGUUUCUGACUGAAAUCCUUAAACAAAGCCAGAUGUUGAUGAUAAAUUUAAAUUAAAUGCAUAGAGCUAAAAGUUCAAAGGUUUCAUGGCAUUUAUUUAUGAAGGAAGAACAACACUAGAAAUAUUUAAGAUUGAUAAAAUUGUGUGUGUGUGUGUGGGUGGGUGGGGGGUAUCUAUUUAUAAUCAGUGUAUACAUCUCAAAAGUUAUUGAAUCUUUACUUUCAGAUUCAGUGUAGAAAACAAUGGCACACGAGAGAACCAGCAGCUCAUGAGAUGGCUCUUCUUCACAUUAAAAUAUAUGUGAUGUAAUAUGGAAAUAUGUCGAGGGAGGACCAGGAGACUGAACCAGGGAAUGCCAGUAAAAGUAGAGGAAAAUAAACUCUGAAACUUGCAGGAUUCAGAAUGUUUUUCGGAUUUGAGUCGUAAUUGAAACCUUUUGUUAUUCCAAAGCAAUGAAAAGUCAAAACUGACAUUCAGAUGUGGUGGCCACCAUGCAAGAGUUUUAUUGCUGUCACUGUGAAAUCCAUCCAAACAUUCAUCUGAAGAGUGAAAGUCUGUCCAGUUUUAAAUGCAACAUUUUAUGUGCUUGGCAGAAUCCCAUAACAAAUCACUUUUAGUCACUCCCCAUUGAAUAAACACUACCUUUUCUCUGAAAUCACAAGCAUUCUUUCAAUGACCCUGAAACUUCUAAUUACCAUACAUUUCUCAGCCCUUUAAAUAAGGUAAUUAUACAAUAAAGCAGAAGACCGACUCAAACUCUCCGGUUAUCCGUUUCCCUGAAAAUGCUCCACCACAUUAUUGCCAUACCAGCAGAACAUUUUUUCAUAAUUUGCCGAAAAACAACCGAGUGUAACCAAAAUUCUCAUUUUGCCAAAGAUUGAUGGACUUCUCACAGAGUUGUGUGUGGUCGCACUGUCACGCAAGCUUUUUAUUAUGAACAAAAAAGACAAACAUGGUGGGAAAAAAAAGGACGUAACAAAAAAGAAAUGGAUGACCAACAAGGAUGAGACAAACAUUUAUGACUGGACGUUUUUAAUGUGAACAGGGGACUACGUAUAUGGGUCAGGUUAACUGUUUAGAUGUACCUACAAAUUGAAUCAGAAUGGCUGUGUUGCAUGCAUAUAAGAGACAUUACUCCACUUUGCUACCCGAGAAACACAGACGUAAAUGUGGUCACACAUGCUCAGUUGCCUGUCAGCACCAAGAGCCAUUGCUAUCACUGAUAACCUACCGCUCAGUUUAAACGCAACAAACACAGAAGUAAAGUUAAGCAUAUCUAGGUCUAUAAAGGACAGGUAAGUGAAAAUAAAUGUAUGUCUCUACUAAAGCAGGACACAAGACACUGGUGCUCCACAAAUCUUUUUUUUUUUCACUGACUGAGGUGAUAAAAUUUUGUUUUUACAUAUUUAGUGUUGGACCCGAUGAAAACUAAUUGUAAAUCUCACAUCCAAGGUUUGUUUUAGCAGAGUAAUCAGUCUCAUAGCGUAAAAUAAUUUUUCAAAUAGUCCUCCUCUGGCAAGACCACACUUGCCUGGCAGAUAAUACCCUACAGAUGAACUGCAAAAAAAAAAUUUGAAUAAAUAAAACAAUCCCCCUCUAACCCAAGGUGUAAAUAAUAUGUUACGCCCAAGGUCCGGACGAUUCGCGUUGAUCUGCAAAGUAACAGGCAGGCCAACCAAGCAUAACUGGUAACCAACAGGAAAACUAUGAUGGGGUUUUAAACCAUUUAUAAUCUAAAAAAUUAUGGUUCAUGUGAGCAAAGGUACUGUUUCUGGAAGUUAUUCUGGAGGAUAGGGUUUAGCCAGCUGUCCCAUAUUGGCUGAGACUUCCCGAAUCUCAUGUGCUUCUGAUAAAGAAUAUACAGAGCUUGUGGUGCACGAGUGUGGACAAGAUUUAUGGAAAAACAGAUUAAAAGCUACAAUAAACAAUGUAAAGGAAAAAAAAGAUAGGGGGGGUUAACUGGUCAGCGGCAAGUCUGGCAACUUUAUGUAAGACUUCACUUGAUCCCAUCAUUAAUUUUCAGUCGGCUACUGAGAUUUGCUUGACAUAAUACAGGGAUGCACAAUAAGCAAUAAAUAAACUUAGUGAAUCUUGCUUCUCUUUAAUCCAAUGGUGAGGGAAAACUUUCUUUCAUGGUCCUCUAUAAAUCAGCUGCCGGACAACAUCCCCACUACCUCACAUGACUCUGCUGAGGAGAACUGCAAGAAGUUUGUAGUCGAAACAUGUGGAGGUAAAAAGAAAACACACAGGUCUAGUUACAAGAAAUGUUCAACUUUUACCAGGCAGACACCUGGGGCUGAAGCAGACUCAUGUUAAACAGCCGUCUGCUGUGAUCUGAUGGGUUUAGAUUGAAAAGAGGGAUGGAUGGAGAUACAGACACAACAACAACAACAGCAGCAGCAGCAGCUCAUACAGACUCACAGUCACAAUGCUGAUAAUAAUGGGACCAGUGAGUUCACUAUUUAGAAGUACAGUAAUAGACUGAUCUUAAAGGGAUAUUCUGGCGUACAAUUGAUUUAGGGUCAAACACACCGUAACACCGAGUUAGACACCCCCUCUAGAGAUGAAUGUUGCCGACCGCUUGCUUCUCUAGUUAUACCAACUUUAGUAACGACCGCAGGAUAGCAAUACACAGCGGUCUGAGGAGCCAUACACAAACCUCAACCAAAACGCCACUUUAUAGCCACAAAUAAUGCUCAGAACAGCAUCUAACUUAAUCAACAGGACAGGGUCCCAGCCAUAGUACUAGCCAUCAAACAUCUUUUUAGCCUUGCCUGAUUUCUUUAACAAAGAGACUAAACACAACUCACGUACUCUCUUACGGCAGCCGCUUGUCCAGGCCAGUCCAUUACAGACUGCAGCAGGGUGACGCAGCUCAAGGAAGAACAUUUAUGAUCAUUUCUUCAUGGAAAUGUAAUCAGACGAGAUGCUAAGGCAGAAGAACUACCACGUCAGCAGUGCAAAAUGAUUAAUAUGAUGAUUGAUGGUGGUUAGAGUCAACUGCUCUGAUUUUACACUUACAAUAAUGAUGGUGAUAAUAGAGGUCGGAAUAGUAGUAAGCCUAUUAAUGAUCACAGUCGGAGUUGAAUUAGGUAAAGAGAUGUGGCACUUGGACCUGUAUACAUUACUCACCACGUUUUAGAUUUUCUGGGAGACGGUAAGAUUGAAGAGUGUCUAACAUUCAUGGUGUUUAAUUGCCUUCUUGUGCUGAUAUCAGUAUAUUUUCACCCUGUCAAGCCGCACUCCACCUUGUCGUCGUUCCCCGCCACAGCCCCAAACAGUCGAUUUUUCGUUGAAACUUUCAGGAUUUUUGUCGACCAAGAAUUUCUUUGGUUGAUUACAGCCCUAAUGAGGUAUAAUGAAACGCCAUCAGAGUGACCACACUCAAGAUUUUAAAAUUUUGUUUUGAAAAGUUGAGACUCAACAAAAAAACAAAAACAGGCUGUUUGUCUGUAUUUGUGUUUGUCCCUCUUCUGACUGGAUGUUGGUUUUGUUAUUUCCAGACCAGUGUGAAAGGAAAUUCUUUCAGCCUUCGUCAUUUUUUAUGAAUGCUAAUAAGAACUGAGAUCCUAAUGAAAACAACCUGAGGUGAUUUUUCAUGCAAUGAUUACACACAAAGCACAAAUGGUGGCAAUAUCAUCUUUCACAAAUGAUUGUUGCCCACAAAUUGAGAGUCCUUUGGGGCUGCUGCAAAUUCAUUCAGGGUUUGUAUGCUGUUUACUUUUAUGAGUGAAACAUGCCAAACUAUGAGAUGAAGAAAUGAUUUAAUGCAGCAAGCAUGCUGAGGAGGUUGACUCCCGAAAUGCUUGCCUGGACCCACUUUGGUUGGCAUGAAAAUUAUUUGUACAAAAUUAACCAGCUUUGUGUUGACUUACCCUCAGCUCUGACUUUGUCUCUGUGUAUGUGUAGGUUCAUAACUGUAACCCUCAAGUUGAUAUGGGUUGGAAAAACCAUAAAGUUGAGUCCCAUUUACACCCAGGAUAACUAAAACCAGAUGAUGCUCCUAAUAAGUGCUUUAACAUGCUGCUCAAAAAAAUUGUUUUUGUCGUAUCAUCUGUUUACAGCUAAACCAUGUUUACAACUGUUGCAACAAUGCGCUUAACACUAUGACGUAGCUCCCAAGAGUGUCGUUUCAUGAGAGUUAAUUGAAAAAUAGCUACGUUGACAGUAUGCAGCGGCGUGUUGGAAGAGACAGCCACACGGAAAGCCCCGUCGUUUUUGCACCAAAGCUGUUUUUAAUCCCCAUAGUCUGGGAAAAGGGAGCAUCGGUUGUGAGUGUGUGUGUGUUUAUGUGUGUGUGUGGGUAUAUUCGUGUCAGCAGGACCGGGACCAGGUGACCCAGUCUGACCUGACUCAGCCAGGUCUCAUAAAAGCAGCAUUGAGGCCUGGAGUCCAGGAGGCCUGGAGACACAGCACUGCUUUUGUUGCCCUACCCAAGGUGUAUUCCCCCUGGAGGGAGCAGGGGCAAGGGGGUGGGGGUGGAGGGUGAGGAGGGGGGUUACUCAUUAGAGAGAAAGAAACCAUUCCUUGGUCUGGGCGCACAUUAUUUCAUAGUUUAUUGGCUAAAGUAAAACAGUUUCUGUUUUUUUAUGUGUGUUUUCUUCAACCACUUGGCCGUUUUUUUUUUUUUUUGCUCUCCUCCCAUGCUGCUUUACAACGAUUUGUUUCUUUCUCUUAUUAAUCCAGUUUCAAGUAUGGCUCUAAUUAAUAGGACUCUGUUCACUUCUACACAUGGCAUGCCAGAUGCUUAAAACUCCUUCAUACGAGCUCCCCCUCCCUCUCUUUUCCUCUGUUACUCCCCUCUUUUUUCCAUCUUUUUUCCUUUAGCUUUCAACACUUUAUUUUUUCCUCUAUCCCAAUCCUUUUAUACAUCUGGCUUUCAUACUUCUUAUUUCACUCUUUGAAUUUGAUUGGUUAAAACUCGACUUAAACGGCUCCAAAGCUGCAUCUGUGGUAGGAUCCUCCGUCCUAUAUUUACUCCUUCAUUCUUCAAGGUCAAUUGCAGCUUUCAAUGGGCCUUCAGCAUGUGUGAACGCAGUGUGUUUUCCACUGAUUGCUUGCCCAUGAACAUGAUUAAAGUCACAGAACAUCUGUGUAUGUUCACUCCUGCAACCCUACAUGUCUGUGCUUGUGUGUUUCUGUGUUCUGCUUUUUAGAGAGGCAUGUGUAUGCAUAUGUUUUGCAAAAUGUGACCAUUCCACACCAUGAAUGUAAUCGCUUUUAUAAUCACUGCACACUUUGUCCAACAUGUGUUUGACAGUCUUUGAUCCUCAAACACAAAAGUUCUUUGUGAAAAUAGUCGCUGGGACUCUCCCUGACUGGCCCUCUCAGUGAAGAAAAACCGCAGCAGAGCCAAGCAGCUACAGAAAAAAAUGUCAAUAUGGGAAAUAUGACUUUAAAAACAACUGCACUGACUGUGAGGCUCUGUGAACGUGCGAUAUGUACAGUGAUUGCAUAUGUGUGGGAAGACACAGGAGUUUUUAAACAAAAUAAGGUUUAUACUCUGAUAAUAGUAGCACAGAGGUCUUAUUGUGUCUCCAACAGUUCAUCCACUGAGAUUUUACAUUUAAGAGAACAGAAAAAAAAACUCUCAUUAUGAUGCACUGAAUAAACUCUAGCCUUCAUGUUGACUCAACAACUCUUUGCUGUUUUAAGAAGGACCAGACAUCGUUUUUUUUUCUCAGGAAGAUAAGAUUGAUUCUCGUGCUGUCUGUUCUUAUUAGGGAUACUGGUGCUUGAUUAAAUCUGAACUAUCGUAAAUACUGUUUGUAUUUUACAGAGAUUUUAGGUUUUAAUGGUUUCUUAUACGCUCCUGGGUGAACUUAAAUUUAAAGGAGAGGGUUUGUCGGGUUAUUUUACACAAACUGGAAAGAAACUCUGCUAUGAAAAAGUUAUGUAUGGUAUAGCUUGAGCUAUCAGGUAAGUUCAGUCAUAUCAAAAAUAUACCGUUCAACCACAUUUUUUGUCAGAGGUGAAGGGUCAUAUAACUCUGAGGUUAUUUAUUCCUGUUAAAAGUUUUGGAUUCAUUUGUCCAAGUUUCAAGAUGUCUGUCAAAUACUGUGGAGUGGAAUGGAUAUACACACUCCAAACCUGGUCCAGACCUUUUUACCAAAGAUGUGGUUCCUAUAAAAACUGUCCAUGAAGAAGAACAGAUUCCUGGGUCAAUAUUUAUUUGUUUGUUUGUUUUACCAGAACACAUUUCCUCUGCAUUGUAGUGUACUGUAUUAUCUGGUUAAUCAGGAAUAGGAUACUGUAUCUCCAUGUGACGGGUGUUUACUAAAGGUCUUUGGAGUUAAUCUGUCAAUUGUAGAUAGUUUAAUAUUAGAUUAAUAAGCAGCUUUCCCUCUAUUUUUACUAAUUAAUGUUUAAUGAAGUUUAACAAUUUAAUGAUAACAUAUGAGAGUUAAUUCAUACAUAAUUCUAUUACUCCAGGCACAGUGCAGCCUAAUAUACAUUGUUAUGUAAACCAAUAACGUGUUUUGAUGGAUUUUCAAUCAAUUCAUGAAAUCAGAAAAUUCAUUGGGUUAUUGCUACAGAUUGUUAUGUCAGACGUAAUAUAAAAUGAGAUAACGUGUAAUUAUGAACUGAGAAGUUAGGCAAACAUUUAUUGUAGAAACUGUUCUAUACAAUAUUUUUAAGUGUUUAUGUUUAUUAAUUGAUACCAGACAAAUAGCCAAUCAAAGUGAACAAACACAUUAGUUUUAUUCAACGGUGUUCACUCACACUGCAAAGUCUGCUCUACAUUGAUGAGGCUGCCUGCAGCGCCAUCAGACAUAAAUUGUUUAUUUUUCAAGUUGGCCUCUGGAAAGCAGGUAUCGGCUCAUACUGAUUAUUACAAACUUAAAUCGACAGACCCAUUUAACCCUAGAACACUAUUGCCAGAUGAUUUUCACCCAACCAAACAUGUUUACGUGAUUUUCAUUAUGUUGCGUUAGUCUGAGUAUCAUGGGUCUCUGGGUAGCUUCAGCAUUGCCUUUGACAUCUUUGAAGGCGUAUUUGUUUCCCUGAUCCAAAACCUGUUAAAGUUUGUAUAUAUAUAUAUUUUAGGAAUUUUUUGUUCAUGAAUGCCGAAUUUCAGUUAUUUUGUUGCAUUUUUAUAUGGUCCCCUUAUGGCACUUUUUUUCUCUCCCUUUGGACAUUGUACAGUUGAAAAUGGAAGAAAACUACUUCAAUUCGUCAUGUUUGUCCUAUUUUGAUAUAUUUUGAUGAAAAGUACUUUUUCUUGGGUAUAUUAUUUUGGGUAAAAAUCACCCGGCGAAACUAGUGUUACUAAUUUUAGCAAUAGUGUUCUAGGGUUAAUCAACCUGACUGAUGAAUCUUUCAGUCUGCAGUGUGAAGUAAAGUUCUUGCUUUCUGUCCUGUAAUUGUCUGCUCCUGCCCAAAAUUAUACUUCUAUUUGGGAAACAGUUUACUUUGCAGUAGCACUGUGACAAAUAUGUUUCUGUGUGUGUGUUAAAAUGUUAGAUGUAGCUGUAGUUCAUUUGUCCAGUGUUAGUUUUGGUAUUUAAACAGUGUUGGGCUGUGUCCCUGCAUUUAUCAGAGUAGUUUUUUGAUGUAUUCCUAAUUCUAUAAUUCUCUCAGUCCGUUUCACCCUCCCUGGGUGCUUGAUCCCCGUGUAGAAACAGGCCCAAAACAACAAGACAUUCUUUGGCUGAGCUGUAUUUACCACAGCUCCACCACACAGAGUGAAGCUCCACCCACUCAUGAAAUCACUGAAGGGGAUGAGUUGGUCAUACAGAGAGGAAGAGGAAUUGUCCUUAUUUGACAUUUCCACAGUUGACAGAUCUACACUGAGUCCUCAGAGACAGGGAAGGUGAGACUCUGCGGCGUAUGUGUGCUCUUUCACACACUUCGAGUGGACAGGAAUGUGUGGUGUACAGUGGGGGUACAGGGAAUGAGUAGGCUGUGAGUGUGUGUAGGUCUGUAGCUGUAAAGGGUUAAUUGUACCCAUGUUGUGGCUGGCUGUUCUCAGGCAGGCUGGCAGAGGGAACAGAGAGCUCCCUUCAUGAUACAGUUCUGCUGAUUGAAAUCAUAUGGCACUGCCUGAAAUCAUUGCACUACUUUUAAGACAGACAAAGAGUGUCGCACACAAUCUGCUUUUCGACUUUGCGCUCUUUCAACUCUUUUGUUCUUCCUCUUUCUCUAGUUUUAUACAUUUGCUUCUAAUGUUUUCAAGGUUAAGUUUUGGUGGUAUAAAAAGUCUGCUCGCUCCGUGGAUAGAAAUGACUGUCUAACCUCUUUCUUUUCUUCCCUUCUUUUUCAGAGUCUGGACCCAGUUAGGUCUCGGUCCCUCUUUUCCUCCCUCUCCUCCUCAUCAUCCAUCUCACCUCCCUGCAGCCUGACAUCAGUGGAGAAAGCAGCUGGGAAGGGCUGGAUGGCACCAGUCCUUUCCAAACUCUCUGUAGGCCCCUGAAGAAGACAAAGAAGGAAGUGGAAACAAGCAGGCAGUCUGAAAAGUCACCUGAACUACCAGCAGUUCUUUUCAAGAUGGCAGCCAACAGGGAGCAUCAAGUGCGCCACAUGACCAGCUUCCCUCGUACCAUGUAUCCAUUCACCUUUAACUCCAUGCGAAGCCACUCCCCCUUCGACCUGCUGGCCAGUAGCCACCUCUUCAGCCGGUUUGGGGCAGACCUUCCCAAAGAGAUGGCUGCAUUGUGUGAGUAAUGUACAGCUUGAAGUUUUCCUUUACAAACCUGCCCCUUAAAUUAGGGUGACCAUACGUCCUUUACGUACGUCCUUUGAGGCGGGACUUUCCCCUACAAUCCUACAAAAAAUAUUGUGUCUGGGGAAGUUUAUAAAAUCCUUCAAUUGUCUGCAGUUUUGUAUGGAAGUUUCAAGUUUGUGUCACGUGGACUUACUGAGUGAAAAGCGCGUAAAAGACACUCGAUCUAACCCGAUAAACUCUCAAAAUUAACUUUGUGCGACUCCAUGACUCCGCCCCCGCAUAGUCAUGUCCUCUUUUUGGGAAGUCAGAAGAUGGUCAUCCUACUUUAAAUGACCUCUGAAUCUCAAUCAAUCAGAUUUAAUUUAUAAAGCACUAUUCACACAAUGAUGCUGCAACGCAAAGUGCUGCACAUAAUAGCUGAAACAUUGUUCUUUUAAUCAGGGUACCUGCCGAGUCUUAAAAAGUCUUAAAAUGUCUAAAAUUCUGUUAAAAUCGUAUAAAAUGUCUUAAAUAUGAUUUUGAAAGGUCUUAAAAAUGUAUUUCCUUCACUUACAAAAAAAAUAACAUGCCAUACAAAUAAAGAUCGAUUUGAAGUAAUGUAAAAUCUUCUGGUUUUCCUUCAUAGCUUUUGUACUUUAAAACCUGCAGAGACCCUGUUUGAUGUAUUUGGUAUAAGUGUAUUAUUUUAACUCACUCUGUUGACUUUCAUUGGCAUUUACAAGGCAGAAUGAUUCUCAUUUAACCUCUUAAGCCAAAUUUGGCAAAAUUAAACAUCAUAAAAAUAUCAUAAAAAUAUCUAAUAUAACCAUGUGUUUCAGCUUGUCCUUGGUUCACUCAGGAGGCAAGAAAUUGUAAUCCGAAACCCUUUCACAUGACAGGAUAGUGGGCCAGAUUUCCUUUUUUUUCAUGUCCUGAUCUGUGCAAAACAGCAGGGGACUCUACAAAAAGCCUUCGGGGCCAAUUUUAGAUUUUAAUCAGGCUUUGAAUCAUGCAUCAAGUGGGAAUACAACAAGAAAAACAGAGAAGAAAAUUAGGGUAGGAGCGAAGAAGAGGGUACUUUUCCAUGUGGUUAACCAGGCAGAUGGCAUGGAGGGCAGCCUGGAAAAAACAGCAAAUAUUACAUUUCCUCUUGACUAACUUGUUGCUUUUCAUCGGCUCGAAAACUUCUGAACAGCUAGAAGCAGAAAUGUAAACACGUGGAGUUUGAGGAGGAUGAGGGAGCAUCUCACUUGAACUGAGUUCUACAGAAACAGUUUUGAGCCACAGGGGGCGCUGUUGCACUUCACAGUCAUGGGGAAGUCUAUGUGAGGAAGCUCAUCCCUACAGAGAGACACUGAAACACUGAGACUGACAGCAAAUGUCUGAAGUUCAAUCUCCUUUUUAUUUUGAAACUUAUUUCUUAACAGGAUAAACUGUGAAUUUUCCCUUUUCACUUCUCCUCCUUGUUUUUAAAAGUGUAAAACUUACAUAACUGGGUGUGGCUGUGGCUUAGAAGUAGAGUUGGUCGACUCUAGAUUGGAAGGUUAAGGGUUCAAGUUAGGUCCUGCUGUGCACAUGCCAAAGUGUCCUCAGGCAAGACACUUAACCCCAAUCUUCAUCUGGCGGUGUGGCUAGGACUAGUUUAUACUGAUGGGCGCUAAACAUAGCAGCUUGAAAAAUGUAAUGUCAAAGUGCUCAGAAAACCGGAGAAAGAGCUAAAUAAAUACAGUUCUUUAAAUAUUCAUAAUUCAUACUGUUUCACGCCAAACUCAGAGCUAUUGACUGUUUAUAAAAGGGAGUGAAACUUAUGAGUAAACAGAAAAGAGGAUGUAAAAUGCCACCCGUAGUAUUUUCUGGGGUAAUAGUUAAAGUCUCUCCGGACACAUUCAGCAUCAUUGCUUUGUUGUGCUUCUUCAGAUGACACUCCUUUCUUUAAACCUCAUUAUUAAGCUAACAUGAAGCUCUGAUAUUAUACAUUUUAUUUGUUUAAUCACCUGUAAAGUGCAGCUCUACGAGCAGAGAUCAUGCAUGCAGCAUUUGAAUCAAGUUUAUCGCCAAGUAGGUAUAUACAUACAAGGAAAUUGUCUUUGUGGUUUUGGUGCAAAAAAUAGACAAGUAAACAGCGUCUGUCAAUAAAUUGAAAUAGAAUAUGAAAGAAAUGAAAAAAACAAAAACAAAUACAAUAUGAAAUAAUAAGAUGAUAAUGAGUGCCAAAAUCUGACAGUAUAAGACUCAGAGACAGAGUUGAUAGUAAAUAUACAACAUACUCUGUAACCAUUACCUCUGUCUGAUCCAAAAUUAAUUACUUUUAGUCCAGUGGCUUAGCGAAACGAUUGUGCACUUGCUGAUACAAGUGCUAAACUUUGAAUAAGGCUUCCCUUGGACAUACUAAAGCUUUUUAGCCUAGGAGGCCAUCACAGAUCUUGGAAGUAUCCAUAUAGAACACAAAAGUUGUUUUUCUGUUAAAAAAUAAAUAAAUUUUUGAGUCAUAAGCAGAACAUUGGUGAUAAAUUGUUUUUUUGUCCACUUAAGAGGGUGAAACUGAUUUUAAUUUGUUCACUAAUUAUUAAACCUCCAAAAUGAUGUGUAAAAUAGAGUAUCAAGACACCUGGUACAUGUAUUCCCUUAAUAAAGUACUGCACAAUAUAGGCAGAUUAAAAAAAAAGAAGUGUGUUAUGUUAUGUAAAGAGCUCUCACUCCAUUUUUGUUUAAAAUUUAAGCAUCACAUUGCUCUAAUUCACUAUAAGUCUCUUGACUGUUUUUAUUCAAAUAAAUCCUUUUUUUCUGAUUGUCUUGGGACUCUGCAGCUUUCUAUACACAGAAACCUGAUGGGUAUCUGUCAUCCUGUGAGUCUCACUCCAGCUGCAGAAAUACCUGCUGAACACUCCUGUCAGUCACAGUGUGUGUCAUUUGUUUGCACACAGUGAUAUGUUCAGUGAACAGUAGUUAUCUAUUUAUCUCCAGUUGCUCUCCGGAGUCUCUCGUCCAACACGGAGUAUAGUAGCGCUCAGUAUGUCGUUACAUCUCUGACAUGUUGCCUGUGGGGCGCACCCUGCAUAGAGACAGAGAUAGAGAGAUACGUGAUGCUGCUGUGUGUGUCAGUGGAGACAGACGAGACAAAAACAGAGACACCUGUCAGGAACUUUCAUAAUCUCUACACCGCCGUGUCAUUUAUCUCUGACACUUCCACUUAAUUUUAUGAUCAGCUGCUUUACCUGCUGACACCUACAAGACUGACAGGUCUUCUUACCGGGUAGAAAAUAAAAGUGAGACAGCAUUUACUGCUUCACUGGCCUAAAGUGACGCUUAAGGGUUCAAGCAACAUAACUUAAACAAGUUUAGAUGCCGACUGUCAGGCUGUAUGUAGACUGAGAGCCAUUCCUACAAGUUCAUCAGGAACCUCUUCCUUUUUUGAGGAGGUAAGUAACCUCUAAGUGUCAUUACAGAUUGUUUAGGACAUCAUUGCUUAAAUUAAAGAAGAUUGUAUGAAAAAAGCUCUUAGUAUGGGUUUGAAAAGUCAUAGUAGUGUAGAAGAACACCUUAGUAAAGUGCAUAUCACCUACAGUACAUAACUUCCUACUUUUACAUUAGUGAUCUUAUUUGCUCAAUAUAAGUCACUGUCUAUCGUUUUCACUCAAAAUCAAACUAAACUCUCCAGGUGGACUCUUCAACACAGUAAGCUAGAGAACAGCAUCCGAAAAUGACACUAAAGCUGUAAGCUGAAUACUGUGGUUCAUUCAAACAAGGUUGUUGUUAUUAGUCAAUUCAGACUUUCCCAGAUAUACAGCAGAGACCUUUUUGAAUGUUCAGGAUUCAGCUAUCCUCUGUGUCUCACUGAAAAAAUGAACUGAAACUGAAACUGAAAGUCCAUCAUAGCAUCACACAAUGAGGAGGAACAAAACCUGGGGGAAGUAAUGACCAGUACAGGUGUCCAUAUGUGUUUUUUUUUUCUUUUUCUUUUUUUUGUUCUGUCAUGAUAGCAGCACAGCAAGUUGAUCGCUACUGAUCCAUUCAAAUUAUUAUUAUUUUAUUCACCCCACAGUGGGGAAAUUUGAAGAUGAGAGUUAAAAAAAAAAACAAUCAUUCUCAAAAGAUUUUUUCCCCAUCCUGAGCGCUAUUAUCUUUAUUAAAUAAGGGGAUAAAAUAUGACGGAGCAUUUGGGCCACAUAAAGAAAAAAAAAUUAAGACUUUGAGAUUAUAGUCAUUAAUUUUUUAUGAAUAAAGUCAUAACUAAUGAGAAUAAAGUCAUAAUAAUGUAAUUACAAGAAUAAAGUCAUAAAGUAUUUCAAGUAAGUAAAAUCAUUACUUACUUGCGAGAAUAAAGUCAUAAUUUAAGUAAUUACUUACGAGAAUAGAGCCGAACUAAGAUCAUUACUCAUAUAGAAGAAUAAAGUCGUAAUAAAGUAAUUACUUACAUGAAUAAAGUUGUGAUAUAAUCACGAUGAUACUUAUGAUAAUGUGGUGCUGAUGUGCCAAAAGAAUAAGUGUCUCCUUGUUUGAGAAACCUAUAUUGAAGUACAUUUUCACGAAAUGCUCCAUGGCUCUUAUUUCAACAACUGCCAUCUUAUACAACAGGUUUGAAUAAAAGGACUUUAUUCUGACUCUAUUCUCAUAAGUAAUUACUUUAUUACAACUUUAUUCUCUUAAGUAAUUACUUCAAAUCAGUUCAAGUGGACUCAGUUAUAUUCCCUCCUGGAGCCCAUUCUCGCAAGUAAAUGACUUUAAUCUCGAAGUCUUAAUUUUUUGUUUCUUUAUGUGGCUCUAAUACUCUGUUGUAAUAAAAACAUAGACAGUUAUAUUAUGAGAAUAAGGAAAGCAAAGGUUUUUUAGUCCAGUGGGUCCACAAGUGACGCUUUAUGUCAGUUGGGUCCUGGAACUUUAAGUUUAACCUCCAAGCUUUGUCCAGUAUCUCAAGCACCCUCUUAAACAUCAUGUUUGAAGCUCAUUUAUCAUCAGUAAGAGUUUCUGUAGUUAUUUUACAAACACUGUAGACAUGCCUUCUGUACACUGAUAGUUUGUUGUGGAAGUUUGCCAACAAGAGUUUCCAGCUCUGAUUAUUUUCCAGGCAGAGCACUUAUUGUGCAAAUAACGAAUCCGUUCUUGAGCCAGGAGAGGAGCCGCUGAAUGUAACUACAUAUCUGUGAUCACAUGUGAGGGAAAAAAGAUUCAAAAUUACAGUUGAGGUUUAAGUAGGAUUUGCAAAUGAACUGAAACCAAGUUUCAGUCAGAAUGAGAUGAGGGCUGAACUCUGGACUCUGCUCUAAUGCUCUGAAACGUAAAACAUCCCCAGACUUGAAAUUAGAGGAUGUCGACAUCAAAAGCUCCCUGCUGAGCGUUCAAUCAUACAGUAUUCACUCCUUGUUCGAACAGCUCUCACUUCUUACAAGACCACACAAGAAACUCAAUUUGGCUCAGCUUUUUUUUUAUGCCCAGUGCUUCUUUGGAUUAGUGUAAAAACAUGAUACCAUCCUCAAGUUUUCUCUGGAUGGGGUAAAUUUGCCUCUCGAACUGUUUUGUAACAAUGUAAUCUGUCUCUUUCUGACAGUAGGAUCAAAACUGUGGAUCAUGAGAAUCAUAACUUAGUUGUGAAAGGAAAUUUGAUUUGGGCGAUUGUUAGGGAAAGACGUGUAUUUUUCCACAAUGAACACAAUGUCCUUCAGUAAUUUUCUGUUCUAGUCACAUCUUGCUCUUUGUAAUGUUUGGAGUGUGAGUGCGUGUGUGUGAGUGUGUUCCUGUGUGCGUGUGUGUGUGGUAUCAGUAACUCGAACCUGAAAGCACAGAGCACUUCUUGUGUGUUGUUCUUUGUGUCUUUCAUCGCUGGCACUCUGUUCAGCGCACGCACAUUUACACACAUAAUUGUCCAUGCAUCUAAACACACACACACACACACACACACAGAUUUCCACUGCCACUCUGUAGGCUGCACAUUCCAACACCCAUGAAUAUCACAAACCAGCAGUCUCACACUCCUUUGCUCUACAUUUGUGACUAUAUUUGUGUGCUCGUUGAUGACCGCUGUGAGACUUUGUGCAAAUAUCUGCAGCCGAGCUGGAGGAGCUGAAACACUCAGACAGAAAGAGAGGCCAUUGUUCUGUGUGUGUGUGUGUGUGUGUGUGUGUGUGUAAAUGUGUGUGUAAGACAUGAAGAACCUGAUUGUGAAUUCUUUUAAUAUGACUCGCCUCUCUUUAAAAAAUGUUUGCGUGAAAGGUAAAAGCUGCAGUUUUUCUAGCUUUAAAGAAAGUUUGUGCUGGUUAAAAGAGAAAGAAGUGAAAAAAAAUCAAUGUUUUCAUUUAUUCCUCCCAUUAGCUGUGCUUCUGAGUUUCUCUUACCUCAACAGGGGACAGUGCUGUGAUGCAGGGGAGGGGGCAUAAUUCUCCCAAGGUGUGGGGAGAUCUCAGUAUGCUGAUACUGUGCAACUCUGCUCCCUGCAGUGCGUCAUUGUGAUAGGUGCGAGGGUGUGUUUGUGUGUGUGGCUUCUGGCUGUAAUGAGGAGCGACAGGUAAAAAAAAAACUAACUAAAAACAAGAUAAGGGAAUCACGAUAGCAAUACCCAUUAAAUGAAUAAUAAAAGUGAAGAGAAAAACAGCAGGCAGGGACUGGGAGCACCUUAUUGUCUUCAAAAAAGUAAUAAACAGAGAGAAAAGGAUUCAGGGGCUCAAGUCCAAAAAAAGUCCAAAACUGAAGAGAAACAAAGAAAACAGAGAUUUUUUUGCCUCUCAAGUGCAGAAUGAAACAUACAAAGCCACAGGCAGGACUGUUUGGAAAGUAUGUGUGUGUGUGUGUGUGUGUGUGUGUGUGUGUGUGUGUGUGUGUGUGUGUGUGUGUGUGUGUGUGUGUGUGUGUGUGUGUGUGUGUGUGUGUGUGUGUGUGUGUGUGUGUGAAGGGGGGGUGUUAAAGCCCCAGUGGGGGUUUCUUCAAGAGUUCAUCCCUCUUUAACAAGGGAAGGAAAGGGAGGAGGGAGAGGCUGUCUCAUAUACAGACUAUCCAGACUCAGGGCCAGUGUGGUUCACACUUCACUGUGACUGAAGUAUCCAAUGAGCUCCAGGAGGUAAUAUAACUGAGUCCACUUGAACUGAUUUGAAGGAAUUGAAUUAGGUUUGCACACAUGCCAGGGAGAGAAAAAGAGAGGAAUAAAACCACCAACAAUAGAGAGACGUGGAGAUGGAUAAUCAUUUAGAAAGGAAUAAAAACUUAUUUAGUCUGAAAUAGAUCAGACUUUAACCCUUUGACUCAACAGAACAGGGCAUAAUCACAGACUUUUAACUAAAAUUAACACCAGCAGACUUGACUGACUGUGAAGCCAAAACAUGUAGAGCUCCCUCUGCUGACCGAUUGCAGAAUAGCUGAUAAACCUCACCUCCCUGUUUUACAGGUUAAGCAUGGGCCGAAUUAUAACAUUUCAUUACACGUACGUUAUUAGUUUUUACGCUGAUUUAUGUUAAAGUGUUAUUUUUUGGGUGAAAUUUAGUGUGAGUUAGUUUUUGAUUUUUAUAAGAGGAUUGAUUAACAAUACUGUAGACAAAUGCAGCAUUCUGUGCAGGAUUAGCAGGAGAGUAACAGUGAGAGAAAAUGUGACAAGUGGUCACGAUAAAAAAUUUGAGGGAUAAGAAAAUCUGAAUCCACUGUUUAUAUGGGUGCAAAAUCAAAUAAUGGGAUCAUGACGUGCGUAUACAUGCACCAAGCUUUAUUCAGAUUAGAGGCAUUUGGACAUGUGCAGAGUUGUCUGAUUUCGCUAAAACAACUGCAGAAGAAGAGUUGUAUUUAAGCCUGUGCUGUCAACAAACCAACAAACGUGUUAGUGUCUCACUCCAUACAAUUCAGGAUUUUACCUCCUCUUAAAUGUUGUCACUAAAUGGCGCCCUUGCAUACUUGUGUUACUGUUCUGUCAAAGGUUGCACUGUGCGUGCAGAUGUGACAUCAUUAUGCUGUAUGUACGCCUUGUUACGUUGGCGGAGGAGCAGACAAGGCACCUGCGGUUGUGUUUUAUGCCAGAGUGUUAAUAAUGAAACAUCCUGUACUGGCUAAAGAGUGAAGGUCGAGUCAGGUAAUGGAGUCACGAUUGGAAUAAUUGUUUACAUGGACGCGUUUUGGAAAAACGAUCGGUAUAAACCACCCCUCUUGAUCAGAAUAGAAUUUCUUUCUGAUUGAGCUGAAUUAGAUCAGAAUCUUCCGAUACACAUGUUUGCAUUAUGCUGUUUGUUAAUUCUGAUUGGGCAUUUAUUCUGAUUAUUUGUUCCCACGUAAAUUCAGCUAUUGAGUGUCUACUUCAAAUCAACACUGUUCCACUGUGGGGAUCUCUAGUGUCCUAUCAGUACAUUUAAUGCUUGUUUUAAAAAUGGGACAUCAGUUCUGCUACUUAACUGGCCAUGUCGCUUCUGCACAUGCCUUGGCUGCACCAACACAGUUAGUCAGUUCGUAUGAAGGCACUGUGCAGAAAUUAGAGCAUGCUGUCAGUUAUAUAGACAGUCCAUUGUCAUAGCUUCACUAAAUAUGAUUUGUGACUGUGUAAGUGUGGUUUUCUGACCUUACUUUGCCAAGGGUUGGUACAAAUGUACAUUUUCUAAACUUGUCUCCAUUAAUACUCAUUUGCUAGGCUUUGUAGAUUCCUUAUACCCUGCAACCUUUUUUUUUAUAAAGCUUACUAAAACAAACUGGAUGAUUUGGCACUAAUACAUAUAAAUACAGACAUUGCUCACCAUUCAAGCACAUAGAUGCAAGAACACAGAUAUGUGCAAAAUUUGAAUUUUACACAGAACUAAGCAUCAUUCAAUUUACAAUACUGCUGAAAAGGAGAAAACCUAAUGUAUACUGAUUUAAAAUGCACACUUUAUAAGGGAACACUCAUUAAUUAAAAGCUUUUCAUUUGCAAAGCACAGCUUGAUUUUCAACUUCUUUUUGCAAUCAUCUGGCAGAACGUGUGAUAUUAAACAUUAGAAGUCCCUGUUUUCUCCUGCUCUAAAUUUGCACCAGUUUAACUCCUAUAAACACCAAAAUAAAGCAUUAAAUAUCAAUCAAAGUGAAAAAUAAAAAUCCGUACUCUUUGGCUUUCAGUACAGAGGGAGCAGGAUGAACCUGAGGUGUACUUGGACCAGAUAAAACAGCAUCACUUAACUAAGAAAGGUGAAAAUUUUAAUAGAUGACUUGAGUUGGUUUGUCACUCGUGCAUAUACUCAUACUCUCUGAGGCUUGAUAUCUAAAGUUCACAUUUUGGAGUAGAGGCAAUAUUUUCACUCUAGAGAAACAGCAAAAAAGAUGAAGCAGAAUAAGUAGAGAAAAGGGGAAGAAAAAGUAAAGAGUGGGGGAGCUGAUAUGCGCAGUGUUUGUUUUCAUUUUCAGAUUAUGAAAUAUGAAGACGCCAGUUGGAAAACUUUAGGGAGAAAAAAGGGGGAGGGAGGGAAAAGUUUGGUACAUGACAAAUCAGAAAGCAGGUACACUCCCCUUCAGGCAGCUAAGCCCCUCCCGUGUCUGCUUCCCAGACCCCGCCUCCUUUUCUGUGUGCUGAGAGAGCAUGCAGAUAGUUGGAUAGUGUGUGGUGAAGUGUGAGAGGCCCAGAGAGCUGCAGAGAGGGGAGCUUAGAUCAGUUACAGCAGGCAAGACAGAGCAGGAAGACACAGAAAGUGUUCUUUGGGCAGAAAUAAGGAGAGAAAGAAGGAAUUUUCUCUAUUUAGUAGACAGAGGAGAGGCAGUCAGGGGGGCAGAGACAGGGGCAACAAGAGACAGACAGACAGGGAACACCUGGACCAAGCAGAGCAUUAAGUUACCUUCAGUCUCAGGGAGCCUUUCCUCACAUUUUACAGCCAAGCUCUUUUAGUUUGGCUACAGAACAAAAGUAGGACUAGCUGUGAUUUUAGGGGAGCAUGUUUGACUGCAUGGAGGCCCUGGGUCUGGCCCCGCGGCCCCUCUUUGAUGUGUCGGCACAAGGCUCCUGCAUGCUCAGCAAGGCAACCCCUUACUUCUCCGGCCUGGACCCGUUCGCUUGGACCGGGACAGGCAGCAUUCAGUGUGAGUACUCCAUCCUGUCCAUCAGACUGGAAAAGAGCAGCUGAGUGUGUGUGUGUGUGUGUGUGUGUGUGUGUGUGUGUGUGUGUGUGUGUGUGUGUGUGUGUGUUAGUGUGUGUGAGCUUAUCAGAGUCCUGGUUUUGUUAUCAUAGAGCUCUCUCCACAGGAAGAGUCAGAUUCCUUUCGAUUCCCUCUACCCAUUCUCACCCUGUGUUGUUUGUUUAUGUGCUAGGCGUGCUUUGUGAGAGUGAGUGAGUGAGCUGGGGGAGUGCAUAUUUAUACAUCAUCAUGUUUGUUUUCUUUAUGAAUGACUUCACCUGAUUGACAGCUCUUUUAAACAAUUCUGGGGACCUGACCCCAUCGAUGUGUCCAGAACACAACAACAGCAGACGUCCAAACAGAAACAGCUCUGACAGAUUGGAGGCAAAUGGGCCCUGAAAUCACAUGGUUGUGAUUCGGCCCAUGUACCCAACACACAGGGGGAAAAGAAACAGAAGUAAACAAAUGAUGCUAAAAACGGGCUCAUUAUAAUGUCAAAAUAUGAGUAAUCCCAUACCCUCUGUGGUUCGUUGGCAUGCACUUUGUUGAAGUUUGCAAAACUUAAAUCAUUUCGAGUUAUGUUCGUCUGCAGAGCAGAUGACUGCAAUGAUGACAAGUCAACUUUGAAAAGAUAAGGCAUGAAUCACUCACUGUUUUGUAACACCACAGGCCACACAUUCUUUGGAAAAAUCCUCAAAAUACUGUGUAGACAAGGCUGAGAUUGCAUCAGGUAUUCAGACACAGUCUUGAAUAAAAGUCGCUGCCUCACAGGAGCAGUCACAUUGACAAACACUGCAAAGAUUACUCUGUAAAAUACCUCCAUUCUACCUGCUGCUGUAAUAAGCACACCUUUUGUUAUCGUCAUGGAGACCACUUUCACACUCUUUGAUUACACUUGACUUUGUGGCUUGGAAAAUCAAAUAUUGACUUGAUCUUUCUUUGGAAACUGACUUGCUGAGGUCUAUUCAUACGUGUCACCCAGCUGAGAACACAGCUCUUUUAUUUUGAAAAAUAUAUUUCCAUCGUUUUGGACGACGUCCUCCUCUGAGCGACUUUGGGUCUAUUCAUCUUCAGUCAUUAUUAAGAUACCAGGGCAUCAGGCGCUGUCAGCUCCUCAGUGCUGCUAAUGAUGAUGGAUGAGCAGUCAGGAUGACAAACACCACAGCAGGGCCUGUUCCAACUCGCUGAGGAGUCAUGCCAGAUGCCAGCCUGACAGACAAACGUCCACAAAUGUUCAUUAAUCAUCUCUUAUUUGUAGUAAACUUAAGUUUAGUUGCUAUUUUUGGCUGUGAAGGUGGCAGGUCCAGAGAAAGUGUGUACAGAUACUGUUUAACACCCAGAUAGAAGGAACUGAUCAGUGGAGAUUUUCAGGAUUUGGCCCUUAUUUCAUGGUUUCAAGGUAAUUCCUGAACAGUGAUGAACUCAUAGAUGUUCCUCUAAAAGUGAAGCUACUUUCUUGAACUUAUUUAGUCAUCUGAUUCAACUCUGGACCAACUAAAGCAGCAGUUCAGUACAUUAAAGGAUAGAUUUUCUGACUCAUUUAACUAGUUUCAAAACAAAUAACCAUGUAAUCUUGCUGUAGCUUCCCUUUUUUGUUUCAUAUAAGCAUUUCUUGACUUUUAUCCAGUUGGUUGUACAAAACGAGACAAAGUUUGGCCUGAGAGAACUCAACCCUGGCAUGGUUUUCUAAUCUAUUAUUCCAUGUAAUAGUUUUAAUAACUCAUUGGUGGUUUGAUCCAGUUUAACCAAGCAGGAAGACAAAUCGUAACAGUUUCAGUUAGAGGUGUUACGAUAAUCCUGACUCAGCUGCAGCAAACAGUAAGUGUGUCCUUCUUAGUCAUCAAACAUUUCUGGUACGCUGUGUUCUUUGAUCAUUUGUGUAUUUUCCGGGUAACUUUUGUCGUAUUUUUUGGGUCAUCUUGGACAUUCUUAUUUUUAUUUUAACCAAAUCUUACUCCCAUACGCUCCAGCACAGACCAUAUCAGAUCUCCUUGAAGUGAAGUCCAGUUUCUUUCUGGUUCUACUAUCAGUGAACAUGUUCUUUUGGCCACUGCUGCUAUAAAUUCCUGACCACAUUUUGGCCACCGUCUCUUGACACCAGCUUUCUCUCCCGCUUGUUUGUGUGUGUGUGAAGGAGGAGGGGGGCAGCAGCAUCUCUUCCUGUGGUAUUAUUUUAUGUGAGGCAGUUCAGCACCUCUCUGCCUUCCUUUGUUUCAACGUCAGGAGGCAUUAAAGGGAGUGAGGAGGGGGACACGCCAAAGUCUGUCCACUCGCUCUGUCACUGCUCCUUGUGCGGCUCGUGUGUGUCUGUGACAUUUGUUUUUCUCCUCUUUUGAAGAGCCCUUCCCUACACUUGAUCUUCUCCACCCGUAGCGAGUGAGUGUGUGUGCCUGUGUGUGUGUUUGGCUCGGCUUAAAUGCCUUUUGUUGGCUAACCAAGAGCUUUUAAUGAUUCAAUUACAAUUACAAAGGCUCAAUUAAAAGAUAAGACCCUGUGGAGGGGCUCAGGCAGUCAAAGGAGACGAGGGCUGAAAGAGGAGUGGAGGAAUGAAGCUGGAUUUGGGAUUAAACCCCCCCUUCUAACUCUUUGUGUGCUGCUGUUUAAGGCCUGUAGGGGAAAUGCUCCUCUCUUUACUCAGUGAUAAUCUCCAUUUACUCUGACACCCUCUCCUCUUUAAAGUGCUUUUCAAAGCUACUUAAACAAUUGUCCCCCACCAUCAGAUCAUCACACAAGAGGGGAGAGCUAAACAGGGAUGCAGUCAAGAUGCUGUCACCGGAAGCUAAGCGAGGAUAAGUCACUUUUUCAAACACGGGGGGUGUCUGUUUUAUUUCUUGGACUGAAAGGGGAUUAGAUCACUAUUUUUGGCUGCUCCCACACCACUAACACAAGUCUCUAAAUAAAUAAAUAGAAUUUAGGAAUCUGUGUCAGUGGGUCAUGAAAUCCUGGUCCAAACUCUCUCUCUCGAUGGCUGUGGGCUGUCUCUUCCUAACACCAUUCAUGUCAUCGCUUAAGGAAGGAAAACAAAUGACCUUCACACUGGAGAAACUUUAAGGAGUAGAAGAACUUUGAAUGCACGAAUGAAAAAUGAAUGGACGAAGAAACACUGUGUGAAAUUAAAACAGUAAUAUGAUAUAAACAAAGAACUUUCAACUGAUAUUAAAACAUAUUUCAUACAGCUUUUAAUAGUUGAAAUUUAUUUUCUGUUCAAUUAGUCCUUCUAAUUUUGAUAUUUAUUAUUUAUGACUUUUGAAACCACAACCUUACACGUCUCGUGAUUAAACAUUAAACAUAAACUCAUUGAAAAGGUAAUUUAUAUUUAAAUACAGUUUGACUCAAUAAUGAUACGUGUAUAAAACAGAUAAGGGUUAUAGCAACACUCUGGUUAUAACCUUAAUCACUUUAUCACUUUAUCUUAUCAAGAAUACGCAAGUUAAGAAACAAAAGUGUUCCUACCAAUGGGUUUAAAGUUUUCUGUGUGUGUGUGUGUGUGUGUGUGUGUGUGUGUGUGUGUGUGUGUGUGUGUGUGUGUGUGUGUGUGCGUGCGGAGGGAGGGGGUUGAUCACCCUGAUAGUGAGCCAGAGAAGUCUGAGUCCUAAAAGACAAAGCAAAGCAGAUUUUUAGGACAGGCAGCGGUGUGGCCCAGAAGAAAAGACAGUUUCGGGUUUCAACCCUGAAAGUUAGAAAAUGUGCAGCAAAGUUCUAAAAACACAAAUACAUUCUGUAAAAAUACUUCUCUACAUUUUUUUCUUUCAGUCUUUCCUUUUUACAAUAAUUAUUUUGUUUUACCUUUCUGUGUACUCUCUUUUCUUUCUUUUAAUACUUUAUUUCUUUCCACUCGUUUGUUCUUUUUUAUUUUAUUUCUGUCUUGUUGCUCUUUUUUUAACCUUUCCUUCUCUCUUCCUUUUUCUUGUUGAUUAUUCCAAAUUUACUGUGUAUCAUUCCCUCAAGGUCAUUCGAACACAAAUCACAUCACUUCAGAUGAUUACUUUAGUUUUGUGAAUCAUUUAAAUAUUGUCAUCAAACUCUUGUUGGAGAUUUGACUGUAAUCAGGUUCAAGUUAGAAUAUUAGACACCUAAAGCUCAUCUGUUGGGUUUUGUGACUUUUGCACUGGAUGCUUGUACUCAGUUGCAUAUGAAUACACAGUACACAGAAAAUACACAGUUUUCCUGAAACCCUUUGAACAUCUGAUGAAGUGAGUCAUGUUCAGACUUGUCUUUGAUUGAGCUGCGGCCUGUCAGGUUUCCUUUGGCACUAUUUGAGUCACUGAUAAAUCUAAAUUAAAAGUAGGUCUGGUCUACGAAGCUAUGUGCUGAAUGUCCGAAGUGCAGGGAAAGCACACUGUUUUAAAGAUGUGUUUUGGCCAUUAAAACAUAUUUUCAAAGUGGUACUUAACUGGACACAAAAGCAUAAUUGCAUCAGAAUAAAUGUUUUAUGUGCCUCUUUGCAGAAAUAAAAGAAAAAGAGAAGAAGAAAAAGCUCUCCCAGGCUUUGGCAUAAACUUCACCUUGAAUUUUACAUGAUCAGCUGAACUGGGUUAACUUCUUUUAAAGAAAUUGAGGUUUGUUUUGAGUUUUUGCAACUGCAUGGUCAAAACUUUGCAUAAUUUUAGACCAGUCCAGGAUUUCUAUUUUUGUUAGCAAGCUUCGGUUCCCUCCUUUGUACACCCUGGUUUGUGUGUGUGUGUGUGUGUGUGUGUGUGUGUGUUUGUGUGUCUCCUUUUUAAGUGUUUGCCGCUGUUUUUAUUGAGCCAUCUCCUGGACAGUGGCCUGGUUUUCACAGCCUUUCCUUUACAAGGCGCUGCCAAUGACAGGAAGGACUCCUCCUCCCGCUUGGGCAGGAAGGCAGGAGAGGACAGAGGGGGGAAGAGGGUUAUUAGUGAGGGCUGAGCUGGGGAGGGAGGGAGGGAGGGGGGCGCUGGUAUUGAACUUAGAACAGCUGAUGAAAGGGAUUGUGAGUCAGAUCUCCCCCAUCUCCUCCCUGCUGCCAUGGUAAUUACUCACUCAGCAUAUUUGAGGUUGUUGGUCCCCCCCCUGCACUGUUGAUCUGCUCAUGAAUUACAAUUUAGCACAUGACAAUACAGCGACAUUUAAAUGAGGACAAAAAGCAUCUCAUGUAACCAGAAUUUGAUUUACAAGUCACACAAACUUUGCUGUUUGAAAUCAACCUUCCUAAAGUCUUAAUGUAACAACUAUUUUAUAAUGACUGUGUUUUCUGUCACACUGAAGCCCCUCACACACUGUGGUCUUGUGCAGCAGCUCACACACACACACACACACACACGCGCGCGCACACACACACACACACACACACACACACACACACACACACACACACAUUCACAUGUUCACGCACAUUCCUCAGUGUACUGCUGAACACUUUGUGAGACAGGAGGUUAUGUAAAAACUGGAUCUGCACUCCAAAUCCAUCCUUUAAGGAACUGCUGGGAGAGAAAUAUAAGAGAACAAAUCUACAAAUCAGCCAGUUCUCAGUCAAAAACAGAAGUUCAGGAGUUUUUCAAUAAGAAGUUAUGUAGUUUAAACUUUAGAUUUACUAACACUCCCAGAUGACAUGUAGGAAUGUCCCCAUUUGAUUCAAUUCACAUGGGGAACAGUUUUAAAAUAAAGCUUAAUAAAAUACAGAUUCAUGAUCAGGAGUUUGUAAAGUAUAAGAUGUAUUUCUCCAAAUGGUCAUCUCAGUGUAUGGAUAACUCAGAGCUGACAUGUCCCUCAGGUAGUACUUAAGUUUUUUACUAAGCCCUGGAUAGAGAACAAGAGACUUGUCACCUGUAACGCUGGCUGCCCUUAUAGCAGAGCGAAGCUGCAAAAAACAAAAAGUAAGUUGACAUUUUAUAUAACUGCAGAACUUUAAACUAGUGAUGUGGAAUAAAAUGUAUUAAUAUUUCACCACACUUGAUUCUGUAUUUACUAAUUGAAAUUUGCUAAAACAAAUGGCUCUUGAUGCAGCCAAGACUGAAUCCUUCUGCCAUUAAACAACCCUUAUAAUGAGACAAAGGGGGUAAUGCUCUGUGGAUUCUUCUGGCCAAAGUCUAGUUCAGUGAGAUGUGUGAUGGUGGCAACUUGAAUCAGGCUUUAGGCUUUAUGGGCCAUAUGCCACUCUGUGUUGACUGCUCAGCCACUUCAAGAGGAAAGAGAAAAAAGCACUUUUAGAAUAAAGAAAAAUAUUCUUCUUUUUUGUUUACCUCUGUGUUCAGGAUGUUAAUGAUGAUUGAUGCUAAAACUGUGAGGCACUAUUCACCUACUGAGCAAUAGAUGGCUAUUCAACAUCUCGUUUUUUUUUAGACCUAAUUUCAACCGUUUUGAUUCUGUAUAUUUUUAGACGGAAUUUCGACGUAACUGUGAGUUGAAUAACUGAUCUCCAAGUACUAAACCAAAAUAAUUAUCAUAGCCACUGAGCAAUAUGCAGUGUAGUUAAGAUAUAGCCCAGAUUUAGAUUUAGUCCAAACUUGGUCUAAAUUUAGACAUCUAAAAAACUUUCAUUUUUUGACCUGUGGUAGCCUGAUUUUAGACCAGUCGUCGAGGCUACAUUUAGACUACUAUUAGACCUCUUUAAGACCAAAAAAUGUCAUUCACAAACUAAAAAAGUGAUCAUGUAAGUUACAGAGAAAACUAUUGGUAUACAGAUUAAACCAUCAAUAAAAAAGCAUCUGCUAAAUGACAUUGUAAGUUGCUAAUUUGAUGUACUGUAGUUAACAUCAGUACAGAGGUCUGAAAUUGUGGUUCCUGAGCUCGAGGUCUGUCAGGCUUCAGAGCUGAUAAGAAGGAGUCGGCUUUCAGAGGAGCUUCUGUUGUCUAAACAGAGAUGUGUUGAUCUGACAACAAACACUGAGUGAAUGGGAGAGGAGGAUGCUGGGAAAACACAGAAACAUGAGUAAAGUAACAUUUCGGUAUACUGUUGUAGCUACAGUGAGCUGGGUUGAAUUUUUUAAAAGCCCAUAAAAUCGUCACUCUGUCUUUUUCCGUCGGUUUGUUUUCACAGGUCAGGGUUUUCACAUGAAGCUCUUGAGCCGAUGUUUCCAGCUUUCAGAUGAGCCUGAUUCACCAAAGUCGUCUUGUCUCUUGUGCACCUAACAUAGGUGUGCUGAUUGAUGUUGUGACACGCUGAGGGGUGACUCGUAGGUGAAAUCUGAAAGAGGUUUUUUUGUUCAAGCCGAGUCUCCGAGGCUGAGCUCAGUUCAGGGUGAUGACAGCUGCUGACAGUUUUUGGCUCCUCUCCUUCUUUCUCCACGCAAGGUAAAAUCCCCUCCUCCCUCCUCCUCCUCCUCCUCCUCCUCCUCCCCCCUCCCUCUUCGAUGUCUCAUACUGCCUUCAAGGCCGGUGUCUCUCACCCUGUCUCUCCUGCUCAUGUUCCCCUCCUCACCCAUUCUCAGCACCCUCAGACAGUGUCAGUCACUACCUCUGUGCUGGCGCCAGAUGCAGUGUCUCUGUUUCAAUGGGAGCUAUUUUUCCACUUUUACAUUGUCAGUGUUACUAUAUAAACAGAAAACAGUCAUCGGGUUACAGCUCCUUUAAUUCACCUCCUUCCACCUUCUGCUUCUAUCUGUGCUCUCAUAACCCCAAACUGAAGGAUGAACCUGCAGUUUUUCAUUUACACACAUUUAUUUGUAAAACAAUAUUUUCUCCAACAUUAUGCGAAUUAAUUUAAUCUUUGUUGUGUCAGAACAAAAUAAAUGAUGUGUACAGCUUUAACUUGAGAAAGUUGCCAGAAAUUAUAAAUCAAUCCUGUCCUCUCCCUGAGUAAGAAAGUGUCUGAGUUGAGUUUUGUUGCAGACAAGGUUCCAACUGAGCAAUAGACAACUAUUAGACGGCAUUUUUUUUUUUACACCUAAUUUCAACCGUCUGGAUUCUGUAUAUUUUUAGACGGAAUUUAGAUGUUGCACUUUAACCCAUUAUUUGAUAACUAUUUAUUUCAAAAAGCAACUGUGAGUUGCAUAACUAAUCUCCAAGUACUUAACCAAAAUAAUAGUGUAGUAUAGCUACAGCCCAGAUUUAGAUUUAGUCUAAACUUGGUCUAAAUUUAGAUGUCUAAAAAAACUUUCAUUUUUAGACCUGUGGUGGCCUGAUUUUAGACCAGUCGUCUAGUCUACAUUAAGACGUCUAUUAGACCUCUUUUAGAUCAAAAAAAGCUCAGUGGGUUCAAAGCGCUUCUCAGAAUUAAAACUAAACCAGUAACAUUAAAAGCAUAAAGGCAAUAUGACAUUUAGCAAACAUAAGCAUUAAGAAUAAAAUAGCUGAAAAUACAGGAUCAAGAAAUAAUAAACACAAAAAGCAAAAAUAUUGAAAUAUCAGAGAAUCGUUCAAUGAAUUGUUUAAUUUUUAAUGUUUACAUGAAAAAUCCCAUAAUCACACGUAAGUAAUAACUCAUUUAUUUAAAAAGAAUAUUAAAAAAAAUAGUCAUACAUUUACCAAGCAAUUUGCUUUCCACAAUUGAUGCUAAAAGUUGAAAAAUAUAUAAUAAUAUGCCACAGUAUGGAGUGUGGUGACCACAUUGAAUGAAAAAAAGGAAAUAUUUAGAAAUGUUGAAAGAUUUUAAAUUUUAUAUAUUUUUAAUGAAGCCAUUUUGGCUUGUGUGUAAAGUCAUAGUAAAAUCAUAUCUUAAGUUGCUCAUACAGUCAACAGAGAGCAGCAUUAUACUGUUUUGAUUCUACAGCUUUUUGCAUAAUAUAUCCAGAGUACUGAGACUUAUAACAAUUUUGUUGAUUUUCUUACCAACUUAUUCUAGUAAGAAAGUAAUUCAGAAAAUACAUGUAAAGAAAUCUAAAUUGUGGACCAUUGUUUAUGUGUCUGUUAAAGUAAAAAAAGGUCCCUUUAACCAAAACAAGAACCAAAUACUUGUUUCAUCAAAAAACAGAUAAAUAAAAGGUUCAGGCACAAAGAUGUAAAUCACAGCAAGCUGAUUACAGACAGUUGUUUUCUCUUAGUAAAAGAUCAGAGUUUUGAAUUACUUUUCACUGUACUUUAAAUUACUGUGAAUGCUGUAAAAGAUAAAAAUGUCAUCAGCAAGGUUAAGUCCUCUCUGGGACUUUAAAACAACUGAAAUGUUCAAGUUUAUGUGCAUGUGUCAUCUUGAUAUUAACAGCAGUGAGAUGUUAUCUCAGUCUGCAGGUUUUAGAUUUCAGAUCUCACUUAGAGCUCCACUGAUUCAUUUCCAGUCCUCUGUUUAAGUUGCACAUGUUUCACUGUGUCAAACCCAGCCGAGCCAGUUCAGGUCAAUGUCAUCUAAAUCUCUGAAUUCAAACAAGGACUUUUUUGUCUUUGAUUUCUUUAAAUGGGAUUGUUGAUAAGUGGAUUUUUUGUUUUGGUAAGAGGUGUAAGGAGGACAGCGUUAUGGAGUCAGUCAGGAUAUACUUUAUGUCAUAUCUGAGCACAUUUGAACUUUAAAGCGAGCUGCUGCUGCUGCUGCUCAUGUAGUUAGUAAUGGCCUUCUCCAGUCAAGGUCAAAGUUAAACGGUCAGGAUUUUAUUUCACCUCUUGGACACUGGGAAGUUUGUGUCCUCGCGCUCACCUCCCUUCCUCCUUUUCUUUCUCUUUUCAUUUCUCCCUCUGUGUUUUUACUAGAUGAUUCCUUUGUGCCUUUGCCUCUCUGUUUUUGAAACCUUACCACUCUUGUUAAUGACAAGCUGCGGGUUCAGGUUGGGGUUGCUGCAGUGGGGCAGAGUGUGUGUGGGGGGGCACAUUUGGUUCAGUCCUGUGCUUUCCAUUGAAGGUGACAGGAGGGGCUGUGACUUUGGGUUUUUGACCCCUGGAUUCUUUAUUUUUACUAGGAAGGGAUCCAAGGAUGAAGCUGUUGAUGUGAAUAGCUGCCCAAGGUGACUGGAUCCCAAUAAAGAGGCCAUCAGCCCGGCCGGGGGGCCUCCUUCCCAUCCCAGACACAACCUUUAUAGGGCCGCUUAUGAGCCUUGGCCACUAUUAAACUCUGUCCAGCCUGCACUGAGGAAUUUAGGGCCAGGAAACAAGGGAAUGGGGGUGGGAGAGGGCCCAAGGAGGUGAAGUUGGGGUGACUGAAGGUGAAAGUUGAAAGGCAUGUUCGAAGGAAUUUGGUUGUUCUUUGGUCAUCACCUUCAAAUGUGCAGGAGGCGUUUGGCUCAGUUCCUCUUCCUUAACUUCAAUCUAAUACUCCAAUCUCUAGUUUUUUAAUUGUUCUUGUUCCUGCCUCUCUUUCACAGUGUUGGGACGUUUUUUUAUUAGCAGCAGUUUGCACGUGGACAGCAAAUGGUGUUACACAGUGUGCCAUUUUCUUAGCAAGACAGUGAGAAGGCACAGAGGGAGACAGCCAAGUCUCAUAAACAUCCCGACUCUGUUUGUUCACAUGGAGCUUGGGGUAUAUUGGCAGCUCUGGUUGGACAGGCUUUUCAAAUAAAAAUGUGAGCCUGCGCACGUGUGUGUGUGUGCACGAACACACACACAAACACGCAAAAAUUCAAGAUGUCAGUCAAAAAGUCAACAGAGGUAUGCCUGCUCCCCCACAACUCGCCAGUAAAAGGAGAAGCCAAUCAAAUCUCAGCUGCCAAUCAGCAUUUUAUCAGCGGGGCCAUCUGGCCAUCAGCUAAUUGUGUCUCUUUUAAGUCCCUGUCAAUCAGCAGAGCCCCCUCCUCCUCCCUUUUCUCUUAAAAAUGUCUGCCUUUGAGCUUGCCUUCUGGCUCCGAGGGGUGGCCUGGAUGGGGUUGGGGGGUUGUUUGUUGACCACUCUCUCCUAAUCAGUGCUUGUAUUUGCUUUCAUCAUGGUUUCAAAGACUUUAAGAACUUAUGUAAACAAGAUGCUGUGAUAUAAUAAGUGACCCUAAAUGUUCCUAUUUUCUCUCCCUCUCUCUCUCUCCCUCUCUUACAGCGGUGGAAACACAGAGCACCAGCUCAGAAGAGAUGGUGCCCAGCUCUCCCUCCCCUCCUCCCCCUCCUCGGGUCUACAAGCCGUGCUUUGUGUGCCAGGACAAGUCAUCUGGUUAUCACUACGGAGUGAGCUCCUGUGAGGGCUGCAAGGUAAAAGAAGCCGGAGACACAUGAAGAGUUUACAGGAUGUGUGAACAGCUGAUGUCCACCUAAAGAAGAAGAGUGAGAACCGAACGUUUAACUGGACAGAUGUCGGCAAUGAAUACUUGUAAUGUUUGCUUUUGGCAAGCUGCCCCCUAGAGUCUUCUCAUUGAUGCUGCACCUCAUUAAUCUAACAAAACAUGAGAAAAGUGAGUGGUCGCUGCAUUCAGAGUGAACAGAUCAGCUGAUAACAUUUUAAAAUAAUUGCGUUCUGAUUGAGGAGUUUUGCUGAGGAAUCUUUUCCUUUAAUCAUGAUCUCAGUCUCUCAAAUGAUGGAAAUUUGUUGUUUUUGUACUUGCUGACAAAAUGAGACAUUAGUCAGGUGCAUUUAUGGAAAGAAAAUACACCUAACCCCCAAAAAAAUUCUAACAAAAUGUUUCUCACCUGUUUUUUAUAGUAUAAGAUGUCCUUAAUAACAUACUAAAAGUUUACCAUACUAAAAAUUCAAAUAUUGCCAUGCGACACUGCCCGUGGGGCACUAGUUGUACUUUUAAUCACUUAUCUAUCAUACAAAUAUGCGAAUUAGAAUAUUACAAGGUCAAAACAUGUAUCAGGCACCAGUAAAUCUGGUUGAGAAUGAAUACAAAUGAGAAAUGGUCAUUUUAAGGACAUGGGAAAAAAACACAAAGCAAAAUUUUAAUUUUUAGGGGUGGCGACAGUAUUUUCUCAAUUACAGAGUGAUAAAAAGAGAUAUCCAAAGUCCCCUUCUCCCACCUUCUGACUCUAGUAUGUCAACAAAAUAAAACAGGAAUUUUGAAAGGGGCUUUACCCAUUGUUCAGUUUUCGGUUCUGGAAAUGUACGCAAAUUAGUGCAUAAUUAAUAAGAUAUUGCCUCAUUUACAUAUUCCAACAUAACAUUUGACAAAACUUCUAAUACAAAAAAUGUUUGUCUUAAUGUAAGUUAAAAACUUAGGAAGUUUAUAUAUCUGAUAUCUGUUAGUUAAAAAUCUUUCCCUAUUUACCUGGGGUGUCUCCCCUGGGCUUCCUACCCAUCAUGGAAGCCAUCGUGAAAAUGACACCUUUCUAGCUGUCAAACUUUGGUAAACUUUUAGUAUGUUAUUAAGGACAUCUUAUACUAUAAAAAACAGCUGAGAAACCUUUUGUUAGAACUUUUGGGGUCAAGUCAUAUUUGCAUCUGACUACAUUAUCAAAAUCAUAUUAAGAUUUAUAACCGUACAUUCAAUAAUCAAAGAAAUUCACACGUUUAAAGGCUACAGUCAACAGACUACUAAGAGAACCUAUUAAAGCUUCUAUGAGGGAUUUUCCUCAUCUUAAUUUUAUCUUAAUUUUGAGUACCUAAAACUGGUGCAAGGAGGUAAGUGUUAGCAAAGCAGCCAAAUUUUUAAAUAUUCUUAAUAAAUGAUUUCUUUGACAUAAAAAAUUAACUUUAAUUUGCAUUUAUUAAGCCAUUAUUCCCUGGAAAUAAUUUUCUUACCUUUCAUGCAAAUUUUUACUGUAAUAAAACGGUGUGCAUUAAUAUCUUUUUAUUUGUUUCAGGGUUUCUUUCGGCGCAGCAUCCAAAAGAACAUGGUGUACACCUGCCACCGAGAAAAAAACUGUCAGAUCAACAAAGUGACUCGCAACCGCUGCCAGUACUGCCGGCUGCAGAAGUGCUUUGAGGUUGGCAUGUCCAAAGAAGGUGAGAAAAAAGACUCAAGGAACUACUUUGUGUGGGGGCGGGAAACACACACAUAACAAACAAAAUACAAACAGAGGUGGUGUGAAGUCUAGCCUCUCUAAGUGUGUCAUCUUGGGUGUUUUGUGUAGCGGUGCGUAAUGACAGAAACAAGAAGAAGAAGGAUGUGAAAGAGGAGGUGGUGCUGCCAGAGAACUACGAGCUGAGUGGAGAACUGGAGGAGCUGGUUAAUAAAGUCAGCAAAGCUCACCAAGAGACCUUUCCAUCUCUGUGCCAACUAGGAAAAUACACUACAGUGAGUGUUUUAACUCCAUCUCCAAACACUCCACCCAACAUUAGCUCACUGUUUUGCCCGAAGAAUGAACACAGUAUUGACUCUAUAAAGCCGCAAAGACAAAAAUUGUCCUCCUCUCUCUCUCCCAGAACUCGAGUGCAGACCACAGAGUGCAGCUGGACUUGGGCCUGUGGGAUAAGUUCAGUGAGCUGUCCACUAAGUGCAUUAUAAAGAUUGUGGAGUUUGCAAAGCGGCUACCAGGCUUCACCACGCUCACCAUCGCUGACCAGAUCACCCUCCUUAAAUCUGCAUGUCUGGACAUCCUGGUACCAACCAAAUGCUCUAUUACUCCUUUUUAACCCACCACCUGUUUCACCUCCCUAAUGCUUUGCCUUUCUCCAUUUGCCACGCUGGCUAACUUGAAGAGUUGUAACCCUGAGGAUUCAUUGUUGUAGGCUGAGUUUCAUUGCUGUUUCGUUUUGUUUUAGAUGCUGAGGAUAUGCACUCGCUACACCCCAGAGCAGGACACUAUGACCUUCUCGGAUGGCUUGACUCUAAACAGAACCCAGAUGCAUAAUGCUGGCUUUGGCCCGCUCACAGACCUGGUGUUUGCCUUUGCUGGCCAGCUGCUGCCUCUUGAGAUGGACGACACAGAGACGGGUCUUCUCAGUGCCAUCUGCCUCAUUUGCGGAGGUAGGACUGUAUCCAUAAUAAGCUGCUAUAUGCAAACAGUUUUGAGUGUCUUUGUUUUUAGAAUUUAACUAUCAAAUCAACUCCUGCUAGCAUUCCUUCACCUCUGCUUCUGUCUUUGUUUCAGACCGUAUGGACCUUGAAGAGCCGCAGAAGGUGGACAAGCUGCAGGAGCCGCUUCUAGAGGCUCUGAAGAUCUACACCCGCCGCAGACGCCCCAACAAGCCUCACAUGUUUCCACGCAUGCUGAUGAAAGUCACUGACCUCAGAGGAAUCAGCACCAAAGGUCAGCUGCAGUUUUAUAUAACAGAACAACACAUUCAAACUAAUGCUUUUUGGUACCUUAACCCUCCUCCUGUGUAAGGGUCUGCACUGACCAUUUGUUGUUUUUAAAUUCUCUAAAUAACCACAUAAAUUAGCUUUUUUGCAUCAAGACUUUUUGACUUUGUCAGGAACCUCUAUUUCAACAAAAUAAAAAAAAUGAAUAAAUUGACUAAAUUAUAAAAUACUCUUAUAAAAAUUAUGCCACUUUUCGUGUUAGGGUUGAUGUUGACCCGGUGAGAUUUAUAUCUCAUUAUUAGUUUUAUUUAGUUUUUAUUAGUUCCAAAUUGGAAGAUAGAGAAAUGUUUUUAGUGUAAUUUGCAGCUGAUUUAAAACAUGGGCCAAAACAUACCGGUGAACAUAGUGGGUGCGUAGUAAAAGCUAACACAGGAGGAGGUUAAAAAUAAGGCCACUCUUUUGGGUACUCAGAAACUGCAUGUAAAGCUCCCGUGAGGAGAUUUUUUGCUGGUUAUAAAACAGGCUGAAAUUUAUUCAACUACCUCCAUAUGACAAAUAACAGCAAAAGCAAAAUAGUACACUAUUAUCAGUGCCUGAAAACGCUUUAAACUGGGUAGGUGUCUGAGGAAUUGUUCCACCUUGUCUCCACUUGCAUUUCAAUACUUAGAUGAGCCAACCAGAAGCAUAUGACAGAGUGCUAUCUUAACAAUACAAAAGGAGAGAGUAGUGGUGUGAUGUAAAGUGAGAGGAUUAUUUGACAAGGAUAUUGAUUCACUGACAAACACUUCUCCUACAAUCUCAAAAGUUUCAUAUCAGUGAACAAAAACAUGCUGUCUGUUCUCACAGUAAAUCUAUCCCUGUUUGGGACCUGAAUACGUUUAUAAGUUGCACACAAACUGACCACUUUUGUUAUCAAUUCAUGUUACAGCAAAACCUUUGUUCAAUAAGGUUUUAAGAGUAUAAUCUAAACAGCUGGAACACCAAAAGCUGGCAAAAUUAGCCUCAGUCCCAUGGCUGCAGGUAGUUUCUAUCCAUCUGUGAAAAUGCGCUUCUUUGUCUUGGACACUAGGAGGCAUUAUCCAUAAAUGUGUACAUCAAUCAAUCAAUCAACCAAUCAAUCACUCAAUCAAUCAAACUUUAUUUUUAAAGCACUUUCCAUACAUAGAAUGUAGCGCAAAGUGCUGUCCAUUCAAGCAGGAUAUUAAAAAACAAUGAAGUAAAAUAAAUAAGAAUACAAAUACCCAACCUGCCAACCCUCCCAACCCCCAUUCAACACAUACAGCACUCACACGCUCACACACACAGAUGCACACUCAGAAGACCUGGUGAGGACUCUUCAGUUUGCCACAGAUGACUGAGGAAACACUGGAUCUUGGAAGAUUAAAACAAAAUUCAGCUAAAAGCCAGACUAAACAGGUAGGUCUUUAGUUUAUUUUUAAAAAUAUGAACAGUAGGUGUCGCUCUCAGGUCUGCAGGUAGGCUGUUCCACAGAUGGGGACCGUAAUGUUGGAACAAUGAUUCACCAUAUGUUUUAGUUUUUACUUUGGGAACAAUUAAAAGACCACCACCUGAAGAUGUGAGGGCUCUACUAGGCUCAUACGGUAAAAGCAGAUCAGACAAAUAGGAAGGACCAAGGACCAAGAGCUUUAAAAACUAAUAAAAGAACCUUAAAAUCUACUCUAAAAGACACAUAUAACCAAUGCAGAGAUUUUAAAAAAUCUAUGGACACCAAUCUCACAUAUAAGUGGGAACAAAGUGUCAAACUGAUGCAGAAACAGCUUUGUUCAACAAUUUUCACAGCAAAUUUCCCUGAUAACAAUGUUGAAGAAAAAAAAAAAAAACAUUGACAUGAACAGGACAAAAUCAAUAUCUACAGCACUCACCAAAGUUGAGGAAAAUCUGAAGUUCUUCACAGGAGCUUUAAAAUCAAAUCUGUCUGUUUUUUGUCUUUUUUGAGUAACAACAAAAUUACUGUUAAAACACACUAGCUGGAGAAUUUCAUCACAACAAAAAAAGUUCAACUAGUGAGAUACUAAAGAUCCUAAAUGUUUUUGUUUUUGUUUUUUUUAAGUCAUCCCUACAGAACAGCUCUGUCAGCAAUACCAUGUCUGCAUGUAAAUAUGGCGUUGUUUUCCUGAAACAGGAUCUCUAAUCCACCAUAACAUGACCAUCCAGUUAACAUGUUGCCGUGUGUGUCUGCAGGUGCAGAAAGAGCCAUCACAUUGAAGACCGAGAUCCCCGGCCCCAUGCCUCCACUCAUCAGAGAGAUGCUGGAAAACCCUGAGGCUUUUGAGGACAGCAGUGACUCAGGGGACAGCACUGCAGCUGCUCCCCCCGCCAUUCAAGCCAUCAAACAAGAGGAUAAGGCAGCGUAUGAGUCGCCUGUUGAGGAGGAAGAGGAGGAGGAAGAGGAUGACUACUGGGACGAGGAGAAGGAGAGAGGGGCGGACAGUGACGGGGAGGCGUGGGGGGAGGCAGCGGCGGUAGGGCAGAAGAAAGGUGUGAUUGGAAAACCACAGUGAGAGAGAGACUCAGUGAUGCUGUUGCCUGGUAAUGUCUCCUCUCAGUACAUGAUAGACCUUUUUUUUUCAACGGAAGUGUUGCAUACAGCUCAUGAUUACAAAGUCUGUAUGUCUGGACUGAAAGGAAAACAUGUUGAGUUCAAAAUGUGGGAGAAGAAAAAGCACUAACAGUCAGAGCAGCAUGAAAAAAUCACUGUGCCAAAAUGAGACUGAAUAAACGAUGUUUCAAAGUGUUUUGUCCACACCAAGAGGAACAUAUGUGGUGGAUAAAAGAAAAUGCACUCCUCUGCUAUCUAAAAGGGCUAUGCUUUGUAUAAAAUUGAUGGUAAAAAUACAUUGCAGCAACAGAGAUCCAAGUGGCACCUUUUUGCCACAAUUUUCUUCGCAGAAUUCCUUUUAUUACUUUUCAGAGAUAUGCUACUUAUUUUUUAUUAUUGUGUGUUUUUUAAGCAUGUACACAUUUCUGUUCUUUCUUUGUUCUUGUUUGUGGGAGUCUGUGUUGCUUUUUUGUAUAUUCUUUAUACAGACCUUACCUUUUUAAUGGACAUGCAUUUUUUUUUAAGUUUGUUAUUAAUAUUAUGCAUUUCUGCUUCAAUGGGGGGAAAAGGAGAGCAGUGGUCAGAUAAAGUUAGAGCUGCAAUAGCACGGGAACACCAAGUCAUGAGCAGGGCUCAGAUUCACAUUGCACAUGGUAUAAAGGUAAGAAGCUUCCUUUUAUAUCAGCACUUGUGAACCAAAAAACUCCAGCAAUGAAUUCAAAACAAGAACAGCAUCAAAGUCUCAUCAAAUACAGAACAAUAAAAAAGACUGAAGAAUCUGCAGGGUAGAUUUAAUGUCAUAACACAGUCUCAGGUUAAUUGUCAGUAUGGUAGUUUGUUGGUGUAUAUGCUCCAACAUUAUACCCCAAAUCCUCAAUCAAAAAAACAAAAUCUUGAUACACCAAGGAUUAUGAAUAUUUUCAACGUUUGUCCAUGUUGUUCGUGCGCAACUGGGUACUGAAAAGCCAUAAUGUUUUCAUUUAGAAAGCAAAGAAUCAUCCAAACAUGAAAGCAGUUUACUUCACAGGAAACCUCAGGUGUGUUUGUGUGUGUCUGUGUGUGCAUAAUUAUGUAACUGAUAGCAUUUAGCAGUAGACAGAGUGAUGUUGUAAAUUUUGUUUCGACUGCCAAAUCUACGUUGAGCCUUCAUGUAGAAGUCCAGUUAGUGUUCUCCAAAAUGCACAGAAAACAGGUUUUUUAGCAGCUUCUCAGAAUUUUUACCUUCACUCAAUUUGAAAUCAACGUGAGCUGACCGAGACUGAGUAAUAACCGUCCUGAAUAGCUGAAAAACAAACAAUGGCCUGUCUCUUGAAGCACAGGAUGAUCAGAUGGCUUCACGUGUGCCGUAUCUCCUCAGCUCUGCAAAGAUUGAUUUUGUAAAAUAAAUACUGAAAAGUUCUUUUGUUAAUGCGAAUCUGACUGAACUCAUCAACAAUUUUAAGGGAAAAGAUUCUCCAUCAGAGUGAGACCCAUCGAUGGCAUAAAACAUUUCAGUAGCAAAGCUGCAAAACAAAUUCUGAAAAUGAACAAAAACGGACUGCAUGUUUCUGAUCAUCCAUGGACGGUACUGAGUCUAUAAGCUGAUUGUACCUUUAAGCAACAGCAGUAAAGACAAGUUACAUUGGUCUUCAGCUCUUAAGAAUACACAGACUGAUUCACAGAAUGAACACAGACACUAAAAUGAUGUUGACCUUCAUUUGUGACAUAAAUAACCACAUGAUUUCAACAAAGUGUGUUUUCUCACACUGUUUCUACUCCUGUAACAAACAUACAAAAACACACCCAAUCACUACUUUGCACAUUAUCAGCCAACUCUAUAUACUUAGUAAGAAUUAAGUAAAAGUUCCUAAUAGCAUAACCAUGAUAUUCCAUAAGAGAUACUUUUCUUUUUUUUAUUAUCUGUUUCUUUUCUUUAAUUUGAGCCGGUGCAAUAGAAAAGCCAUUAAAGAGGUCUCAGGCCUCAGAUCUGUGUGGAGUACUAAAAAGACCAAAGACAGAUAUUAAGUCACAUUUGGACAAAAACUAAACAUUUAGUAAUGAAAGUGAGCUCUUCUGUGUGAAAUAUAUAAACUUUGUAUUAUGGGAGAUGUCAUUGAUCUCACUUUUUGAAGCUGGAACCAUCUUAUAUGUAAUACACUUUGUUGUUGUUUUAUGACUUUUUAUAUUUACCAUGUUUGUAGUUUUCAAGUUGCUUCAUGUUCAGGGAUUCGGACACCUCAUGAGUUUUAUUUCAAAUGUACCAAUAUAGCUCUGAUACACACACACAGUUAAGCAAAGACUGGGCUGAUGUGUUCUUGUUACAGUUUAUUUGUUGCUUAUUGUUUGCUGUUUGGUUAUAUGUCGUUGUCUCUCUUGUAUUUUGAUAAAGGCUUUCUGUCCUCAGAUUCUCCCAGUCGUCUUUUCAUUUGCAGUCAAUCUUGUAGAGUCUGAGGCUACGAACAUGGCCAGGCUGUUUGUUUAAAGACCCACUCCGAUGAAAAUCAUGUUUUCCUUGUUGUCUACAUAUCCAUAUGGUAUUUUUCUGAUGCUACAGGACAUAUCAUGAAAAAAGCAAGUGCAAAAUUGCAUUUUAUGAGUAUUUCUGCAUUCAAACCUCUGUGAAUCUCUGGCAGAUCCAAAAGGCAGGCUCAGACCAUAGACUGUAAAUAGAGUGGACACCGUUUGCCUCCUUGCUGGGUGAAGCCACCCCAAGAACAGCACCCUCUGAUGACGGGCUGCAGUAUAGGUCAUAAAUCCCGCCUCCUCCAGGAAUCUUAAUGGAGCUGUGGACAAACUUUAGAAAUUUAUUACACAACGCACAAUUUUUUUUCCCCUCCUGCUUGGGAUGUUGACAUGUAGUUAUUGUAAGACUGGUUUGUGCUCAAGUCCUCUUUUUUUCUGUACAGCUCCGUUUUUAAAAGUUAUUAGGGGGUUCAUGUUUUCUAUGAUUGACACCUGGUACAGCCUAUGGGCAUAUGAAGAUUGCGUAGCUCUCCCGGGAGAUACACUGUCUGAGCCGAGCGUCAUCACAGCAACUCUCUGCGACUCUCCCACCGAGUACGAUGCUACUGAGCAAGUGGUGGAGUGCAUACAACGCUACUACCCAAUGUUGGUUUCAGGAAGUGGAGAAAAAAACGCAGAAUUACCGAGAGCUUUUUGGCUUCAAAUCCGUAUACUGGUGGAAGGCGGAACCAAGUUGUCCAUAGUAUAUACAGUCUAUGGCUCAGACACAGUGAGAUUUCCUACAUCACAAUUGCAAGCUCCACCCCCGCAGCCCAGCUAUGCAGGCCAGACUCAGAGAAGUAGAGACGAAGAUUGCGACAAGCACGCAUUUGCGGUAGUGGAUUGCAAUGUUCGUAAAAAAGCUAGUAAUGAUAUUAGCUUUCAUCAUGUCCCCAAAGACAUAAGUGUCCGAGAGCUGAAUAGCUCCUAUGCUACCUGCCACUUCUACAACAGCGGCAAUGUUAGGCUGCAAGCUAACGUGAAGACAAGUGUGCAGAGCAGCGUUGUCUCCGCCCACGACUCAGAGGUGAAUUGCUAAUGAUCUACUGGAGCUCUGCAGAAGAAACGCAAAAUAGCUAAAUACUUCAUAAUUACGAUUUAAAGACUGAAAACACUUAAAAAAGUUAAAAAAAAAAAAAAAAACGAUUGGAAUGGGACUUUAACCUGCGUAACGUAUUCUUUCACCAUCAUGUUAUCUGUAAAUUAUACAUUUUUCUGUAUCGCUGUUACAUCUUGUGUAUUUUCAAAAUACAGAUUUCAGUCACCACAGUCAUCAUCAUAUUUUAUUAAAGAGACUUAUUUCUCCAGACAAUACACCAAAGUACCAUAAAUUGACUCUGAUGGUCUUCCAGCCUGACACUGUGCUCAACAAGCUGCAGCAGAACAUUUCACACUUUUCUGUUACACACACACACACCCACGCUUUUGACUCAGUAUCAGGAUUCACACUCACAUGCAGAUUUUAUGAGGCUAAAAGCCACCAAAAAUAAGUUGCAACCCGGAAUCUGAAAGUUUAUCUGGGAAGUUGUCUAAGGUCAUACUCUAUAAGAUAAUCUUAUCUAACAGCUAACAGUCAGAGUUUUGGACACUUCAGACUUGCAUUUUGUGCUGUCUUUUCUUUAAAUAUACAUAUCAUCAGGUUUUCACUAUGAUGUCAUUUUUUUUUUUUUUGGCAGUUUUCCUACAUAAACAGCUUAAAAAAACACAAAAUGCCACCCCUUUUUUCCACGUCCUAUGUGAAAUGUCAUCCUUCUCAGUGUCACCACAUGGGGGCGUCAGACAGCUCACUGCAGAGAGAAAGAGAAAUGUAAAUGAAUAAAAUUAAUUAAAUCAAGUCCUUGCGUCUGUAGAUUUACUGCUUGCUAAAUUAAUUCUAUUUUUACUCCCUAAGCAAUAUAACACUUUUAUUUUCACUCCACAUUGUUGUGCAAAGUG